GUGACUGCAGCGGAGUGAAAGGAGGCAAGGUGAGUGUGAAACACACACACACCUAAUGACCUACUGUAGAAAACAACCAUAACAUGACAUAUUAUUUAAUUGUUUGAUUUGUAAUGACUCUUUUGUCUGUGUGCUAUCUGCAGGGUAAGAAGCGUUUGUAAUGACUGUGUGUUCUAUGUGUAAUGUUCUAUGUUUAAUGUUCUAUGUGUGAUGUUCUACGUGUAAUGUUCUAUGUGUGAUGUUCUACGUGUAAUCUUCUAUGUGUGAUGUUCUACCUGUGAUGUUCUACGUGUAAUGUUCUACGUGGAAUGUUCUAUGUUCUAUGUUCCACAGGGCGAGAGGGGUUUCCCAGGACUACAGGGUCAGCCAGGCGUACCAGGGUUCCCCGGACCUGAGGGGCCAAUCGGAGGCAGGGGAGAGAAGGUAGGGGCCGCUUCCUGGAUCUUGUUGUAGGAGCAACAGAACACCUGACCAUAUCUGGGAAUGAUGCACUUGAAAACGAAUCCUCUUCUCUCCCUCUCUCUCCCUCCUCUCCCCCUCUGUCUUUCUCUCUCACAGGGUAGUGACGGACCUUCAGGGCCAUCCGGUCCAAAAGGAAUUAGGGUGAGUGACCCAGAUUUAUUAACUUGACAAAGUCCCACACUUCUGUCUGUAAUAUUUCCACUUUCAGUGUACGCCAUCAAGGAGUGUAGUACUUUCCCCUGUCCAUCAGAGGUCCUUGUUUCACUCCAAGCAAAACAGAAGCUCCAUGCCUUAGUAUUGACAUAGCUGGUUCUGAAUUGAAUUGAAUGCAUCAUUACACAAAGUCAUCAUAACUUAUGUUAUUAAUUUAUCCUCCUUGUUAUUCCCACAGGGACCUCCUGGACUGCCCGGAUUCCCAGGAACACCAGGAAUUCCAGUAAGUUUCCAACCAUUCCCAGUUCUCAUCUAUUGUAGCGUACCUGUCUGCAUCCCUUCUGGUACAGAGAUGAGUCCCAAUUUUCCACCAUGCAAUUGCACACUUUCUCGCAUGCAUUUUUCUCCAGCCAUUUUUCUUACACUAACCCCAUGCUUUUACAUGAAUGACGGGGAGUGUGCAAGUGCACACUUCUGGAAAAGGGUGGAGAAUUGGGAUACUGCCAUGAUGGAACCUAUACUGAACUUUCUCUGGUUGUUGUUUUACAUUACCUGAUAUCCAGUAUGUCAUGUGACCUCACUUCCUGUCUGAUGUCUAACUUCCUGUUGUCCUCUGUGUGUUCUCCUCUAGGGUCUCCCAGGACAGGACGGGCCCCCGGGCCCAAGAGGAACUGCAGGCUGCAACGGGACUAAGGUAGGUUACUAUGGUUACUACUGACUGACAGCCAUUCAACUCUGUCGAGUCCUGAGAGAACUUGGGUUCUCCUGAAUCUGGACUGAAACUGGCAUACUGUUCUAUCACACCUGGCCACUAAAAGGCAGCAAAUAGGAAAAGUAACCUAUGGGCUGGAGACUGUUGAUGCAAAAUUAAAGGAUUGAUUAUGUCUCUUCUUAGGGUGAGAGAGGCUUCCCUGGAAGUCCAGGCUUCCCUGGACUGGAGGGCCGAUCGGUGAGUCACACACACACACACACUUCUCUGUCCUCUCAUACACCUACAUCCAGGUUUUCCCCCGGCCUCUUAAAUGCUGCAUAUUACUGAACAUUUUACUGACUCCACAUGAUGUAUUUUUGACUGUUGUUUGUAUGAUAUUGUUUAACCUAUUUGUGUGUUAUACGUGCUGCUCUCGCAUCAGGACAGGUCGUCAUUAUAAAUAAGAAUGUGUUCUUAAUUAACUUACCUGUAUGAAAUAUAAAUACACCUGUCCACUUUGUAAUUUCUCUGUGUGGAAACUUGGGAAAGGAAACGAAUGAGACUUUGAAAUGUAUUCCUUCUCUCUCUGCUCGUUUGCAGGGUCCACCUGGUUUUCCAGGACAAAAGGUUACUAUUCUUUCAACACUGUUCUUAACUGUUAUUAUCUUUCGAUCAAAUACUGUACAUUUACCAGGCCUAUCUGUCUGUGCUAGUAGUUAUAUUUCUGUAGCUAGGGCCUGUGUGAUGUGUUCCUUUCUAACCUCCUCCUGUUGUCCCUCUACAGGGAGAUCCAGGUGAUGUCAUCUCAAGUGACCGCUUUGGACAGACAGGAGGUGUAGGUCUACCUGGUGUGCCUGGAGUUCCUGUGAGUAUUCUAUAUAGAACCAUAUAACCACUUUGAACUUAACUGAUUUAAAAAAGGAUUAAAAAAAAGGAUCCUAUACGUCAGUCCUUACCCACCCUGCUGAUAAGGGUGGGUCGGUUGUACUCAUGGAUAGGACAGAUUGACAACUGCUUGACAACACCUUUUACAACAAACUCAGAAGUGACCCCACUUCCGAAUUUCAGAACACUUUUUUAUUGGAACAGACCACAGAACAGCUCCCCUCCUUUGUAAAGGACACCAGCAGUAUGAUCUAUAUUACUGAAUCUCUUGAUCCUCUCUCCCUGAUAAUACCUUGUUAGUUACUUUUGACGUUGAGUCGUUAUACACAAAAAGUUUCUAAAUGACUUCUUUAUUCAGACAAAGGGUACUGCUAUGGGGUCCCCUAUGGCUCCUAACUAUGCUAAUUUGUAUGUGGGUUAAAUGGAGAAACAGUCAAUUUUCAAUCCUUUCAAAAAUGUUUUCUUGCCUAACAUUAUUAUUUGGAAACGGUACGUUGAUGAUAUUUUUGUUCUAUGGAGAGGUGAUUCAAAACAGCUCCAGGCAUUCCAUGCUUUUCUUAACUCUUGUACUGAGCACCUGAGAUUUACUAUGCAAUCUGACACAAGUCAAAUUAGUUUCUUUGAUCUUCUGAUUUUGUGUGAGGAUAAUGUUCUAUACACUGAUCUUUACAGGAAACCUACUGAUCGUAACAGUUUGUUGAGGGCUGAUAGUUGUCACCCGCUUCCCUUGAAAAACAGUUUGCCCUACAGCCAAUUCUGUCGAAUCAAAAUAAUUUGUAAAAAAACAAUCAGAUUUCGACCGAAAUAUAGCUGAGACGCAAAGAAAAUUCAAGGAGAGGGGGUACAAAAAUGGUCAGAUUAAUACUGCCAUUGAGAAAAUUCUAAACAAAACGAGACAUGAUCUCUUUCAAGGAUAGUCUUGUAAAAAUAAGCAUUAUUGCGUUCUAACAACACGCUAUUCAAAAUGCUCUGAAUAAAUGAAGGGAAUUGUUUCAAAAACAUUGGCACAUUCUAAGAUCCGAUGACAGUAUCGGUAAUGUGUUUUCGGACCCUCCCUUGUUAGUAUUCCCGCUGGGCAGAAAUCUCAGAGAUCAAUUGGUAAACUCUGAUUUACCACCCCAAAAUAUCUCUGCACAACGUUUAUUUGCGCCUCUACCAGAUGGAAACUACAAGUGUAAUGGUUGCGCUCAAUGCAAUGGCACUUACAAAUAUAGAUCCUUCAAACACCCCCAAACAGGGAAACAGAUCCCAAUAAAAGGUGUUAUCACGUGUGCCACUAAGGCAGUUAUUUAUCUUAUAACUUGUCCUUGUGGUAAAAAUUAUGUGGGUAAAACAAAGCGUGAAUUAAAAGUACGAAUCUCGGAGCAUCGUAGCACCAUUAGGUGCAAAAACUCGACGUACCCAGUCGCAGUCCACUUUUUGGAAGCGAACCACUUGAUUUCGUCCCUACAUUAUAUCGGCAUCGAACAUGUCACCCUCCCUAGGUGACCUCGACAACUUAUUGUUAAAACGAGAGGCUGCCUGGAUCUUUAAUUUAAAGACCCUUGCUCCCUUCGGUCUCAACGUAAACUUUGAUUUGAAGCCAUUCUUGUAAUUAUUGUGAUUUUGCUAUUCAUUGUAAAUGUUUGUAUGCCUAUGUAGCCAAAUUGUAUUUAUGAUCGUAUGCUAUCCAUUCAUGUUUUUUGUCUUUUUUGUAUGUUAUGUUUAUCUGUGAAUUAACCAAUGAAAUCAGGCCACACCCGGCCAUGAUUACAGACACCUGUGUGUGUCCUUUGACACUAUAUAAACUAGUGACCCGCAGUGUUUGUCAUUAUACCCUGAUGAAGACAGCUUGUCUGUCGAAACGUUGGUUAUUAGGUUAUUAAAUUAUGGCAUCUGAGCUCCUAGUGUGAGACUCUCCUUUUCUUUUUCAAGUGUUCUACUCCAUUAGCCAGCACCUCGCCUAAAUAGGUGUGCAUUUCUUCCGCCUCCUAAGUAUUCUAUAUAGAACCAUAGAACCACUUUGAACUUAACUGAUAAAAAGAAGAAGGAAAAAAAAGGAAUUAGACUUUGUCAAGCGAUUUGUCUUAUCAAAUGGUAGGCUAAUGUAAUAUAUUGCUCAUAGUUGGAUGAUCAGAAUCAAUAAAACGAAUGGUAAAUGAUUAUGAGAGAUCCGUGGAGGCUGCUGAGGGGAGGACGUCUCAUAAUAAUGUCUGGAACGGAGCGGAUGGAAUAGCAUCAAACCACGUAUUUGAUCUAUUUGAUACCUUUCGACUCAUUCCGCUCCAGCCAUUACCACGAGCCCGUCCUCCCCAAUUAAGGUGCCACCAACCUCCUGUGUGAGAGAUGUCAUGUAAACCUUUCAACACAUUGCUUUGUGUGUAACGUUUGUGGUGUCUGUCUUGUUUCUAGGGUAACCCAGGCCCUGCAGGAUUGUCAGGUCCUGUCGGUCCACCUGGACCCAGAGGUUAUGAGGUACGCUGAUACAGGAGUUCUUCAACUUUUUCAGCUCGAGACCCAAAUGAGAUAAUGAACUUCCUCCCGUGACCCAAAUCGUCAACCAAUGACCUAAUUUAAGAAGAAAUAGUGUGGAAUUAUAGAUGUAUUCUCAUAACUUGUGACCUACCUUUCAUAUGCCCAGGGCACACUUUGGGUCCCAACCCAUAGUUUAAGAAAACCCUGAGGUACAGUUACACCCCAAAUCGUCUUAACUGCCACUUGUCCGAUAUGUUCUGAGGGACUUUAUACAGUCAAACUGGUCCCAGACCUGUUACAAACGUUAUGUGCUGAGGGACUUUACACAGUCAAACUGGUCCCAGAUCUGUUAAAAACAUUAUGUUCUGAGGGACAGUCAAACUGGCCUCAGACCUGUUGUGACAUCCAGUAGUGUGUUUGUGAUCUGAAGUCUCACAGAUCAAGAUAAGAACUUAUCCAAUGUAUUUUAGGGAAUAAUAAUGUUUUAUUGUACUAUCAAUAGUUAUACAGUAUACCGUGCGUUGUUAAAACAGUUGUGUGUGUUGUUGUUAAUAAUGUUUUGUGUGUUGUUAAUAAAGUGUUGUGUGUUGUUUUGUAGGGUCGUAGCGGGCCUCCUGGUCCUCCUGGUCCUAAGGUGAGUUGCUUUACACCCUGAAUCACACACACACACACACACACACACACACACACACACACACACACACACACACACACACACACACACACACACACACACACACACACACACACACACACACACACACACACACACACACACACACACACACACACACACACCCUGGGGCAGCAGGUAGCCUAGCGGUUAGAGCGACUAGGUGACUAGGUGAAAAAUCUGUCGAUCUGCCGUUGAGCAAGGCACUUAACCCUAAUUGCUCCAGGGUUGCUGUCAAUAAUGGCUGAUCUCUGGCCGUGACCCCACUCUCCGAGGGUGUCUCAGGGGGAGUGGGAUAUGCAAAAAUAUAUACUUUCCAUUCACACCACACACUAGUACAGGUUACACACUUGUACAUGUGUGAAACAGGACAAAUUGAAGCACCCCGUAUUUGACCUUUGACACACACACACACUGAUACUAAACUCUGGUCAAUUAUGUGUACCACACUCAGUUCAACUACUGUACACACACUUGCCCAUACACUCCUAAUGUACACUGCUCAAAAAAAUAAAGGGAACACUUAAACAACACAAUGUAACUCCAAGUUGAUUUCUGUGAAAUCAAACUGUCCACUUAGGAAGCAACACUGAUUGACAAUACAUUUCACAUGCUGUUGUGCAAAUGGAAUAGACAACAGGUGGAAAUUAUAGGCAAUUAGCAAGACACCCCCCAAUAAAGGAGUGGUUCUGCAGGUGAUGACCACAGACCACUUCUCAGUUCCUAUGCUUCCUGGCUGAUGUUUUGGUCACUUUUGAAUGCUGUCGGUGUUUUGGUCACUUUUGAAUGAGGGCCCGACGUCCACAGGUGGGGGUUGUGCUUACAGCCCAACCCCGAGCAGGACGUUUGGCAUUUACCAGAGAACACCAAGAUUGGCAAAUUCGCCACACCAAGAUUGGCAAAUUCGCCACUGGCGCCCUAUGCUCUUCACAGAUGAAAGCAGGUUCACACUGAGCACAUGUGACAGACGUGACAGAGUCUGGAGACGCCGUGGAGAACGUUCUGCUGCCUGCAACAUCCUUCAGCAUGACCGGUUUGGCGGUGGGUCAGUCAUGGUGUGGGGUGGCAUUUCUUUGGGGGGCCGCACAGCCCUCCAUGUGCUCGCCAGAGGUAGCCUGACUGCCAUUAGGUACCGAGAUGAGAUCCUCAGACCCCUUGUGAGACCAUAUGCUGGUGCGGUUGGCCCUGGGUUCCUCCUAAUGCAAGACAAUGCUAGACCUCAUGUGGCUGGAGUGUGUCAGCAGUUCCUGCAAGAGGAAGGCAUUGAUGCGAUGGACCGCCCGUUCCCCAGACCUGAAUCCAAUUGAGCACAUCUGGGACAUCAUGUCUCGCUCCAUCCACCAACGCCACAUUGCACCACAGACUGUCCAGGAGUUGGCGGAUGCUUUAGCCCAGGUCUGGGAGGAGAUCCCUCAGGAGACCAUCCGCCACCUCAUCAGGAGCAUGCCCAGGCGUUGUAGGGAGGUCAUACAGGCACGUGGAGGCCACACACAAUACUGAGCCUCAUUUUGACUUAUUUUAAGGACAUUACAUAAAAGUUGGAUCAGCCUGGUAGUGUGGUUUUCCACUUUAAUUUUGAGUGUGACUCCAAAUCCAGACCUCCAUGGGUUGAUACAUUUGAUUUCCAUUGAUAAUUUUUGUGUGAUUUUGUUGUCAGCACGUUCAACUAUGUAAAGAAAAAAGUAUUUAAAAAGAUUAUUUCAUUCAUUCAGAUCUAGGAUGUGUUGUUUAAGUGUUCCCUUUAUUGUUUUGAGCAGUGUAUAUUACUGUAUUGUACAUAAUUAUACCUGCAGUCUUUAAGUAAAGUGAUACAGAAUACAGUAAUACAUGUUAUUAAUAUUAUAUUAUAUUAUAUUAAUAUAUUACAUGUGUUUGUCUUGUUAUUCUUCUACUAUAGGGUAACAUGGGGUUGAACUUCCAAGGUCCAAAAGGAGAUAAGGUGGGGUCAGCAAGAGAAAGACUGUCAUCAAUGGGUGGUAACGAUUUGCACUACUGAAUACUGAUGAGUUUGUGUGUGUGUGUGUGUGUGGGUGGGUGUAGGGUGAUCCAGGUCUGCGGGGGCCUCCCGGUCCACCAGGACAGGUCGGGGAGCAGAAGAGACCCUCAGAGUUAGAAAUCCAGAGAGGAGAGAAGGUAAUGUCCUACAUUUCACGUUUUCCCUGAUUAUUCAGGAAUUCCUACCGUUGUUUUUACCUCAGAAACUCCAUGGAUUUACAUAGAAUCACUGAAUUAUUAGGAUCUCUAUAAAGUUAGUAUCAUCUGCAUCAUCAUUCAAAAUGGACCAGUAUACAUUUUCCCCUUUCUCAUUUUUUAAAUUGUCAUUUGUAGAUCUUGUAGAACAUCAAUAGUGGUUUAGUCGUUUCUGUUAUGACAUGUAAUGUAAACUGCCAGCCAUGAGUGUGCUCCUGUUUGGCUGUAACUGGACGCAGGUUUAUGUUUAUUGGGACGAGUCUUGUCCUGGAGGCAAAACUGAGCGAUUUCCGCUAUGGGCCAGCUGCAAAGUCAAAAUUGGCUAUAUUGUAAAGAUGAAUGGAAACGAAACUGAGCUUUUUGGUCUUAAUUUAAGGUUAGGGUAACUGGACUGGCCCUAGUGUUCUAUCAUGUUUCACAACCCGGUGACAGCACCACCUUGCCUUUUAGUUUCCUGUAAUUGCAACUCUCAUAAUGACCACUAGAUGGUGGCACUCAGCCUCUUUAUAAGAACUUCCAUUGCCCUAUAUUACUGGGUAGUCCAACUUGAUAUACCCCUCAAUCGCUUAGCAUUUAAUUGUGAAAGGUAUUGAUUUCUUUUAAAAUAUCAGAUUUUAAACCUUUUGACAUGAUGUCUACAUUCUUAACUAUUCAUGAAAACUGAAUUAACAAUAUGUUAUGGAUUUUACAAUUUGUUGUUGUUAUUUCCUUAUUUGUUUCCAGGGUGAUCAAGGUUUACCUGGUCCAGCUGGUGAUCUUGGUUAUCCUGGACCCCCUGUGAGUAUCACUCACUAUCCAUCAUACGAUACAGUAUAUCUCACAGGAGUGUGGUGGCACCUUAAUUGGUGAGGACGGGCUCGUGGUAAUGACUAGAGCAGAAUAGGUGGAAUGCAAUCAAAUACAUCAAACACAUAGUUUCCAUGUGUUUGAUGCCAUUCCAUUUACUCCGUUCCAGCCAUUAUUAUGAGCCAUCCUCCCAUCAGCAGCCUCCACUGGUAUAUCUAUGUUUUCACUCACCUAUAAUACUAUAUAGAGUGCAUAUCAUAAGUAAUCAUCCCCUUUGGAUUUCUUCACAUAUUAUAGUGUUACAAAGUGAUAUUAAAAUGGAUUUAAUUGUUAUUUUUCUGUCAACAAUCCCCCCCCCCCCCAAAAAAAGAAUACAGUGUAGAGCACGGCGCUUGUAACGCCAAGGUAGUGGGUUCGAUCCCCGGGACCACCCAUACACAAAAAUGUAUGCACGCAUGACUGUAAGUCGCUUUGGAUAAAAGCGUCUGCUAAAUGGCAUAUUAUUAUUAUUAUUAUUAUUAUAUUAUUAAGUAUUCACCCUCCUGAGUCAAUACAUGUUAUAAACACCUUUGGCAGCGAUUACAGCUGUGAGUCUUUUUGGGUAAGUCUAUUACGGCUUUGCAAACCUGGAUUGUGCAAUAUUUGGCCAUUAUUAUUAUUGCCCAUUAUAUGUCAAGUUGGUUGUUGAUCAUUGCUAGACAUCCAUUUUCAAGUCUCGCUAUAGAUUUUCAAGCAGAUUUAAGUCAAACUGUAACUUGGCCACUCAGGAACAUUUACUGUCUUUGUGAUAAGCAACUGCAGUGUAGAUUUGGCCUUGUGUUUUAGGUUAUUGUCUUGCUGAAAGGUGAAUUUGUCUACCAGUGUCUGGUGGAAAGCAAACGGAACCUCUAUGAUUUUGCCUGUGGUUAGCUCCGUUCUGUUUCUUUCUAUCCUGAAAAACUCCCUGGUCCUUGCCGAUGACAAGCAUACCCAUAGCAUGAUGCAGUCACCAUCAUGCUUUAAAAUAUGGAGAGUGGUACUUGGUCAUGUGUUGUGUUGGAUAUGCACCAAACAUAAGACUGUAUUCAGGACAAAAAGUUCAUUCCUUUGACACAUUUUCUGCAGUGUUACUUGUUUAGUGCCUUGUUGCAAAAAGGAUGCAUGUUUUGGAAUAUUUUUAUUCCGUACAUGCUUCCUUUUUUUCACUCUGUCAUUUAGGUUAGUAUUGUGGAGUAACUACAAUGCUGUUGAUCCAUCCUCAGUUUUCUCCUAUCACAGCCUUUAAACUCUGUAACUUUUUUUAAGUCACCAUUGGCCUCGUGGUGAAAUCUCUGAGCGGUUUCCUUCCUCUCUGGCAACUGAGUUAGGAAGGACUGGGUGCUAUUGAUACACCAUUUAAGGUCUAAUUAAUAACUUACCAUGCUAAAAUGGAUAUUCAGUGUCUGCUUUUUUUUUUACCCAUCUACCAAUCGGUGCCCUUCUUUGUGAGGCAUUGGAAAAGCCCCCUGGUCUUUGUGGUUGAAUCUGUGCUUGAAAUACACUACUCGACAUUACAGAUAAUUGCAUGUGUGGGUUACAGAGAUGAUCAUUAUUAUAUGAUUUCUUAAGCAAAUUCUGACUCCUGAACUUAUUUAGGAUUGUCAUAAAAAGGGGGUGAAUACUUAUAUAACCAAGACAUUUUAUCUAGUAUAUUUUUAUUUCUUUAUAGAAUUUUCUUUUCACUUUGACAUUAUGAGGUGUUUUAUGUAGAUCAUUGUACAUUUUUUCCCACAAUUAUCCAUUUCAAUCACACUGUGUAACGCAAAAAAAAUUGAAAAAAUCCAAGGGGGGUGAAUACUUACAGUAUGAUAUGCACUGUAUCUAUGUUUCACUAAGUAUCUAUACCACUCUAUAUCUAUGUUUUCACCCAGUAUCUAUCAUACUAUCUAAGUUUUCACUCAGUAUCUAUAAUACUAUAUUUCAGUUUUCACAAACUAUCUAUCAUACUAUCUACAAAAGUAUGUGGACAUGCCUUCAAAUUAGUGGAUUUGGCUAUUUCAGCCACACCUGUUGCUGAUAGGUGUAUAAAAUCGAGCAGACAGCCAUGCAAUCUCCAUAGACAAACAUUGGCAGUAGAAUGGCCCAUACUGAAGUGCACAGUGACUUUCAACGUGGCACCGUCAUAGGAUGCCACCUUUCCAACAAGUCAGUUUGUCCAAUUUCUGCCCUGCUAGAGCUGCACCAGUCAACUCUAAGUGCUGUUAUUGUGAAGUAGAAAUGUCUAGGAGCAACAACACCUCAGCCGCAAAGUGGUAGGCCACACAAGCUCACAGAACGGGACAACCGAGUGCUUAAGCAUCUGUCCUCGGUUGCAACACUCACUACCAAGUUCCAAACUGCCUCUGGAAGCAACGUCAGCACAAUAACUGUUUGAGGGGAGCUUCAUGAAAUGGGUUUCCUUGGCCGAGCAGCCGCACACAAGCCUAAGAUCACCAUGCUCAAUGCCAAGCGUCGGCUGGAGUGGUGUAAAGCUCGCCACCAUUGGAGUCUGGAGCAGUGGAAACGCGUUCUCUGGAGUGAUGAAUAACGCAUCACCAUCUGGCAGUCCGACGGACUAAUCUGGGUUUGGUGGAUGCCAGGAGAACGCUACCUGCCCGAAUGCAUAGUGCCAAAUGUAAUGUUUGGUGGGGGAGGAAUAAUGGUCUGGGGCUGUUUUUCAUGGUUCUGGCAAGGCCCCUUAGUUCCAGUAAAGGGAAAUCUUAACACUACAGCAUACAAUUACAUUCUAGACGAUUCUGUGCUUCCAACGUUGUGGCAACAGUUUGGGGAAGGCCCUUUCCUGUUUCAGCAUGACAAUGCCCCCGUGCACAAAGCGAGGUCCAUACAGAAAUGGUUUGUCGAGAUCGGUGUGGAAGAACUUGACUGGCCUGCACAGAGCCCUGACCUUAACCCCAUCGAACACCUUUGGGAUGAAUUGGAAAGCCGACUGCGAGCCAGGCCUAAUCGCCCAACAUCAGUGCCCAACCUCACUAAUGCUCUUGUGGCUGAAUGGGAGCAAGUCCCUGCAGCAAUGUUCCAACAUCGAGUGGAAAGCCUUCCCAGAAGAGUGGAGGCUGUUAUAGCAGCAAAGGGGGGACCAACUCCAUAUUAAUGCCCAUGAUUUUGGAAUGAGAUGUUCGACGAGCAGCUGUCCACAUACCUUUGGCCAUGUAGUGUAUCUACGUGCCCUAUACACCUGCAAAAUACUGUAUAUUUUGUGACACAUUUUAAAAAAAAUCAUGUUCUCUGGUCAGUGGACUAGGCAUCUGAAUAAUGCAAGACACUAUAAUAACAAAUCAAUCAAACCAAUCAAUCUAUAGUAGUGUGUGUAUGAUAACUGUCUGAUGUUGGGUUUGCAGGGUGUAUCUGGAGGUUCGAAGGGAGCGAAAGGAGAGCCUGGAGAAGCAGGCAAACGGGGCAAACCAGGGAAAGAUGGCGACCCAGGUCCUGCUGGAUUCCCUGUGAGUUCUACCCACAGAACUAGAAUGAUUCUAUACAUUCUAUUUCUAUGGUUCUUAUAGACAGCUGUCUGUAUCUCUUUUCUGUAUAUCUUUUUGCAUGUCUGACAAGGCCACUUGUAUUACUGAUACAGUGUUAUUUGGGUUGUUAAUUGGAUUCGUUCUGACAUGUAUUUAUUGAUUUGUAUUAUUUGUGUACUUGUUUGACAUUUUACUGAACUGUUAAGAGCUAGUAACACAAGGAUUUCGCUGCACCCAUUAUAACAUCUGCUAACUGUUACAACUCUACGCAACCAAUAAACUUUGAUUUGAUUUGGUAAAGCGAAGUGAGAUAAUGACAUUCUGAGAUAAUGACUCUCUCGCUUUCUCUCUUUCUGUCUCUCUCUCUUUUUCUCUCUCUUUCUUUCUCUCUCUCUCUCUCUCUCUCUCGCGAGCUCUCUCUCUCUCCCUGUCUCGCUACCUCACUCACUCGCUCGCUCUCUCUCUAUCGCUCUCUCUCCAUGUUUCUUUCUCUCCAUGUUUCUCUCUCUCUCGCUCUCAUUUUAAUUCAAAGGGCACUAUUGGCAUGGGAAACAAAUAGACAGAUACAAAUAGAUAAUAAAGAAAAGUGAAAUAAACAAUCAGAAAUUAACAGUAAGCAUUACACUCACAAAAAUUUCAAAGGAAUAGAGACAUUUCAAAUGUCAUUCUCUCUCUCUCUCUCUCUCUCUCUCUCUCUCUCUCUCUCUCUCUCUCUCUCUCUCUCUCUCUCUCUCUCUCUCUCUCUCUCUCUCUCUCAGGGUAGUAAAGGAGAACAAGGCGGUCCAGGUCUGCCAGGUCGGGAUGGUGACAUGGUGAGUUUGGCCUCUGAUGCUAUUUUACAAAUACAAUAAACUAGAUCUACAAAUACAUAAACUGUUGGGGGCGGCAGUAGCCUGGUGGGUAGGAGCGUUGGGCCAGUAACUGAAAGGUUGCUGGAUCGAAUCCCAGAGUUGACAAGGUAAAAUGUGUAUUUCUGCCCCUGAGCAAAGCAGUUAAUCCCCAACAACAACUGCCCCCCGGGCGCCAAUGACGUGGAUGUUGAUUAUGGCAGCCCCCCCACACCUCUCUGAUUCAGAAGGGUUGGGUUAAAUGUGGAAGAUACAUUUUAGUUGAAUGCAUUCAGUUAUACAACAAUUGUCCUCCUCCAUCUCUUCUCUCACUUAUCCCAUCCAUCUCUCUCACUCUCUAUCUGUUUCUCUCUCAGGGGGACAAAGGUGACCGUGGAUACCCUGGACCUCCAGGCGUGGUGAGAAAUCAAACUAUCUAUUUAUCUAUUCAUUCAGUUGUAUUACAAUCAUCAUUCUCGUAUGUCAUUCUUUGUGGGCCAAUGGUUGCCUCCCGUAGUUUUAGACAUUGUCCAUUAGAUGGCAAUAUAACCCUGACAGUUGCAAUGUAACCUACUCUAGCCCCUGCAUCCUGUAAUAUUUCACUGUAACCACCAGAUGGCAAUAGUAACCUUUCUAUCCCAUUACUCUACCAGGUGAUUAAUGGUCAGACAGGGGCACGUGUGGGGCCGAAAGGAGAGCCUGGUUUCCCGGGGUCAUCAGGAAGGAAAGGAGACAGAGGACAACCUGGUACGUACUCUACCCAACAGGAGAUAGGACUUGAUUUGUAUUGGACACAUGCUGUAAAGAGUGCAGUCUCCUGGGUCUUCAACGAAAUGAGAGCCUUUUGCGUUCCUUUGAUAUUUUAAGUAGAAAUUGUGCACCAAUAUUGAAUUUUAAAAGCCUGUUAUAGUAAAUGAAGUGUCCUUUGAUAUAGACCACAUGGAGAAUUCAAUACAUCUGAUUUGUAUAAUUAAUAAAGUCUUGCUAAAGUGCCAAAAUUCAGCAUUUUUACAUGUCCCACUGUGGUUUUUUUUUUUUACAUGUCCCACCAUUUUUACAUGUCCCACCAACACUGUGUUACUUCUAGGAAGAUUUAAACCCACCUAAACCCACCAUCACUGUAAAGCCUAGUUAUUUUGUUGCUUUGACAAAGUCAUUUCCAAAGAUUAUUAUUUAUUUCAAGUGAUUAGUGAUUCAUUUACAUCUGUCCCUCAUUUAAAGGUGAAUAUUCCUUAAAAAAAAAAAAAUAUAUAUAUAUAUAUAUAUAUAUUGAACAUCUAAGUCAAAUCAUAGAGUAAAAGCAGGUGAGCUGGUUCUUUUUGGCUAUUUUCUGGUGUUUUGUGGUGGAAAACUGAGUGGGUCGAGCUUAACACGUCAACCCAUAAAUAGAUAGGGUAGAAACGUUUUGAACUAUCUCGUUAUUCCCAUCUCUUGGGAUGGGAAAAUGUUUUUUUUUUAAAUGAAGUUGAACAUAUGCUCUUUAUGACAAAAUAUUAAAAUGUGUUUGUUUUUUACCAAGUGACACUUCUCAAAAGGCACGGAAUUGGUUUAACGACCCGCCUUAUUCAUAAAGCGUCUCAGAGCUGAUCCAGUAUUAGUUUUAGAUGUUUAGAUCAUAAGGAAUAAGAUUAUAUGAACACAGAGGACCUAGUCCUAGAUCAGCACUACUACUUUAAGAGGCUUGGUGAAUACAGAGCCUAACCUAGUUUUCAUGGUGACCUUUCCCCUUUGACCCUGUCCUCCCCAGGUCUCUCGGGUCCUCCAGGCCAACCAGGAACCCCAGGUACCGGAGGUGUAGGCCAACCCGGUUCCCCAGGCUUCCCAGGAGAGAGGGGCCAGAAGGGAGACGAGGGCCAGCCAGGCAUCUCCCUCCCUGGGCCCCCAGGACGAAGUGGGGCCCCUGGGCUUCAGGGACCACCAGGCCUUCCCGGGCCCGCAGGGGACUCCACAAGGGGUGAUAACUGUUUAGGAGGGGCCCCCGGGUUACCAGGACAACAAGGAGACAGAGGGUUUCAAGGAGAGACCGGACAGAAAGGUGUGUUCUCUGUUGUACACUUCCAGAGUAUUGUCAUGAGAGAGAGGUGUUAUGUACAGUAUUGUGUUACGGUAGUGUGGCUAAUAAUGAACAAACAAAUGUAUCAUUGAAAUGAUCCCAACUGGCUUCUAUGUCUGUUACUUACUUGUCUGUCUCUCUCAGGUGACAAGGGAGAAACCUGCGUGAACUGUUUCUCCCGUGGGAACACCGUCCCUGGAGCACCAGGCCCUCCCGGACCUCCCGGGUUCCCAGGUAAGACUGCACUCCUCUCACCUGGUCACCUAUCGCCCUACCUGUUUUUUUUAUAUCCCCACCUGGUAGGGAAUAAGACCGAUUAGAGAGGAGAAAACACACACCUGAUUUGGCAAUGUGCAGGCCACCGUAACACAAUACUGUACACAACACCUCUCUCUCAUCCUUCUCUGCUCCCUCUCUCCUCUCUCCACCCUCUCUGCUCCCUCUCUCCUCUCUCCACCCUCUCUGCUCCCUCUCUCCUCUCUCCACCCUCUCUCAGGUGGACCAGGAGUACCAGGGGCUAAAGGUGAUAGAGGAUAUCCAGGUGGCCCAGGGCUGUCAGGUUCUUCUGUAAGUACUUCCUGUUUGUCACUUCCUGGCUUGAAACUGGUUUGAAGCUCUGUCUACACAACUUCAUAGUAACCUACAUACAGACUUACUCGGAGCUGGUUUCCCAGACACCGAUUAAACCUAGUUCUGGACUACUAAACAAGAAUCUCCAUUGAAAAUGCUUUUUAAUCCAGGAUUUGGUUUAAUUUGUAUCGGCGAAACCGCCCCUUAGAGUCUAGAGUAGCCUUGAUGGAGUAACUAAAUGGCCCCUUCAUCUCUCUCACCUCCAUCCUUCCAUCUCUCUCCAUUCUUCAAUCUCUCGCUCCUCCUUCCCCCCUCCCCAGGGUCCGCCUGGUCCCCAGGGUGCGCCUGGUUUCCCAGGAGAGAAGGGUGACCCAGGUGAGACUAUCGCUGGGGACGGGGUCAGGGGCGACAAGGGAGACACAGGGUUCCCCGGACCCCCUGGCUUGCCUGGCCUGGAUGGAGGACCUGGUCGCAAUGGAGUUCCUGGACCUCCUGGAGCCAAAGGAACAUCUGUGAGUAGUAAAGUGUCCAUCUCUCUCCUUCCCUCCAUUUAUCUAUUCAUAUAUUUAUUCAUCCGUCCCAUCCAUAACCUCAUCCUUUCCUCUCUCCACUCAUCCCAUCCAACCUUAUCUUCUUUCUAUCUAUCCCUCCUGCUCUCCAUCCCUCCCUACCUUCCUCCACCCAUCUAUCCAUCCAUCCAUCCAUCCCACCCAACCCUUCAUGUCUCCCUCCAUCCCUCUAUUCAUCCCUCCCUCCCUCCCUUCAUCCAUCCAUCCAUCCAUCCAUCCCAUCCAACUGUUCCUCUCGCCCUCCAUCCAUCCAUCCCUUCACCUUUCCUCUUUCCCUCCAUCCAUACCUCCAUCUACAGUGAGGGAAAAAGGUAUUUGAUCCCCUGCUGAUUUUGUACGUUUGCCCACUGACAAAGAAAUGAUCAGUCUAUAAUUUUAAUGGUAGGUUUAUUUGAACAGUGAGAGACAGAUUAACAACAAAAAAAUCCAGAAAAACGCAUGUCAAAAAUGUUAUAAAUUGAUUAGCAUUUUAAUGAGGGAAAUAAGUAUUUGACCCCCUCUCAAUCAGAAAGAUUUCUGGCUCCCAGGUGUCUUUUAUACAGGUAACGAGCUGAGAUUAGGAGCACACUCUUAAAGGGAGUGCUCCUAAUCUCAGUUUAUUACCUGUAUAAAAGACACCUGUCCACAGAAACAAUCAAUCAAUCAGAUUCCAAACUCUCCACCAUGGCCAAGACCAAAGAGCUCUCCAAGGAUGUCAGGGACAAGAUUGUAGACCUACACAAGGCUGGAAUGGGCUACAAGACCAUCGCCAAGCAGCUUGGUGAGAAGGUGACAACAGUUGGUGCGAUUAUUCGCAAAUGGAAGAAACACAAAAGAACUGUCAAUCUCCCUCGGCCUGGGGCUCCAUGCAAGAUCUCACCUCGUGGAGUUGCAAUAAUCAUGAGAACGGUGAGGAAUCAGCCCAGAACUACACGGGAGGAUCUUGUCAAUGAUCUCAAGACAGCUGGGACCAUAGUCAUCAAGAAAACAAUUGGUAACACACUAUGCCGUGAAGGACUGAAAUCCUGCAGCGCCCGCAAGGUCCCCCUGCUCAAGAAAGCACAUAUACAGGCCCGUCUGAAGUUUGCCAAUGAACAUCUGAAUGAUUCAGAGGAGAACUGGGUGAAAGUGUUGUGGUCAGAUGAGACCAAAAUCGAGCUCUUUGCCAUCAACUCAACUCGCCGUGUUUGGAGGAGGAGGAAUGCUGCCUAUGAUCCCAAGAACACAAUCCCCACCGUCAAACAUGGAGGUGGAAACAUUAUGCUUUGGGGGUGUUUUUCUGCUAAGGGGACAGGACAACUUCACCGCAUCAAAGGGAUGAUGGACGGGGCCAUGUACCGUCAAAUCUUGGGUGAGAACCUCCUUCCCCCCGCCAGGGCAUUGAAAAUGGGUCGUGGAUGGGUAUUCCAGCAUGACAAUGACCCAAAACACACAGCCAAGGCAACAAAGGAGUGGCUCAAGAAGAAGCACAUUAAGGUCCUGGAGUGGCCUAGCCAGUCUCCAGACCUUAAUCCCAUAGAAAAUCUGUGGAGGGAGGUGAAGGUUCGAGUUGCCAAACGUCAGCCUCGAAACCUUAAUGACUUGGAGAAGAUCAGCAAAGAGGAGUGGGACAAAAUCCCUCCUGAGAUGUGUGCAAACCUGGUGGCCAACUGAGCUCCCGAGUGGCGCAGCGGUCUAAGGCACUGCAUCUCAGUGCUUGAGGCAUCACUACAGACCCCCGGUUCGAUUUCAGGCUGUAUCACAACCGGCCGUGAUUGGGAGUCCCAUAGGGCGGCGCACAAUUGGCACAGCGUCGUCCGGGUUUGGCCGGUGUAGGCCGUCAUUGUAAAUAAGAAUUUGUUCUUAACUGACUUGCCUAGUUAAAUAAAGGUAAAAUAAAAAAUUAAAAACUACAAGAAACGUCUGACCUCUGUGAUUGCCAGCAAGGGUUUUGCCACCAAGUACUAAGUCAUGUUUUGCAGAGGGGUCAAAUACUUAUUUCUGUCACGAUCGUCGGGAACAGAGGACCAAGGCGCAGCGUUGAAGGCAAACAUACUUCUUUAUUAGUGAUUUCACGAACAAAACAACAAACGAUAACGUGACGUCCACAGUCUAACACAAACCACACUGGAACAAGAUCCCACAACCACUGUGGGAAAACAGCCUGUCUAUAUGUGGUUCCCAAUCAGAGACAACCAGCAACAGCUGACACUCGUUGCCUCUGAUUGAGAACCACACUGGCCAACAUAGAAAUACUUAAACUAGAAUGGACACAACGAGCACAAAACAUAAAGAACACUCACACCCUGGCUCAAUAUACCAGCGUACCCAGAGCCAGGGCGUGACAGUACCCCCCCCCAAAGGCGCGGACUCCGACCGCGCCAACAGAACACCACAGGGGAGGGACCGCCUUGGCGGCGGAUCCGGCUCUGGGCAUGAUCCCCACUCCCUCUCUAACCCCCCACAGUACCCCUGGUCCGGUCUGGCCCUGUUGGCCGGAGCUGGACUAAACACUGGUGGAGCGGAUUGCUCUAGCUCCGACGUGGAGCAGCUGACCGGUACCGGACCAGGCACCGGUGGAACAGGCACGGGCUGUGCCAGACUGACGACGCACACCACUGGCUUGGUGUGGGGAGCAGGAACAGGCCGAGCCGGGCUGACGAAGCGCACCACUGACUUGGUGCGGAGAGCAGGAAUGGACCGGGCCGGGCUGGCGACGCGCACCACUGACUUGGUGCGGGGGGCAGGAACAGGCCGGGCCGGGCUGACGACGCGCACCAUAGGCUUGGUGCGGGGAGCAGGAACAGGCCGGACCGGGCUGGCGACGCGCACCAUAGGCUUGGUGCGGGGAGCAGGAACAGGAGCAGGAACAGGCCGGACCGGGCUGGCGACGCGCACCACAGGCUCGAUGCGGGGAGCAGGAACAGGCCGGACCGGGCUGGCGACGCGCACCACAGGCUCGAUGCGAGGAACAGGAACAGGCCGGACCGUAAUGGGGACACACACCACUGGCCCUACGCGGGGAUCAGGAACGGGCCGGACCGGACUGGUAACACACCCCAGUACCGCUCGCCGUGCCUCUACACUUUCCUUCCCCUUUGUGACCAGUGGCCCCCGUAACCUGGCGGCCUCCUCUGCCAACCCGCUGGACCGCUAUAUCGCGGCCUCCUGCUGCCCCGUCGUCCACGGCGUGAGCCCCCCCCUAAAAAAAUUCUGGGCUUGUCUCUCCCCCGUGGACCAGGCCUCCAUGGUUCUCGCCCACCUUUCGCCCUUCUGCUUCCAAGUCAAGCCCCUCUCUUCCUCACACGGCUUGACCCAGUCGAGGAGGCGAAGGAGAUCCGCUAGAGAUCUCCCUGGCGAUGGCUCCUGGACACACUGCUUGGUCCAGUCUUGGUGGGAUCUUCUGUCACGAUCAUCGGGAACAGAGGACCAAGGCGCAGCGUUGAAGGCAAACAUACUUCUUUAUUAGUGAUUUCACGAACAAAACAACAAACGAUAACGUGACGUCCACGGUCUAACACAAACCACACUGGAACAAGAUCCCACAACCACUGUGGGAAAACAGCCUGUCUAAAUGUGGUUCCCAAUCAGAGACAACCAGCAACAGCUGACACUCGUUGCCUCUGAUUGAGAACCACACUGGCCAACAUAGAAAUACUUAAACUAGAAUGGACACAACGAGCACAAAACAUAAAGAACACUCACACCCUGGCUCAAUAUACCAGCGUCCCCAGAGCCAGGGAGUGACAAUUUCCCUCAUUAAAAUGCAAAUCAAUUUUUCUGGAUUUUUUUAUUGUUAUUCUGUCUCUCACUGUUCAAAUAAACCUACCAUUAAAAUUAUAGACUGAUCAUGUCUUUGUCAGUGGGCAAACGUACAAAAUCAGCAGGGGAUCAAAUACUUAUUUCCCUCACUGUAUCUAUCCAUCCAUCCAUCCAUCCAUCCAUUUCCCCCACUACAUAGCAUUUUAUAUUAACCUCUCUACAUUCCUCUGCAGGGUUCUGUGUUAGUGAAGGGUGAGCGAGGGCCUCCAGGUGAGCCCGGUCUGCAGGGUCUCCCAGGUGACAGGGGUGCCACCGGAUCCUCAGGCUACGGCCCCCAAGGGCCCCCUGGAGAGAAGGGUUUUCAGGGCGUCUCAGGGAGAACAGGAACACCUGGAACACCAGGUAUGAUAUGUUGUCUGAUAUACUUGAAAACCAGGGAUGAUGUACACUCUUAGAAAAAAAGGUGCUUUCUAGAACCUAAAAGGGUUCUUCAACUGUCCCCAUAGGAGAACCUUUUGAAGAACCCUUUAUGGUUCCCAGUAGAACCCCUUUGGUUCCAGGUAGAACCCUUUUGGGUUCCAUCUUGAAGCCUUCCACAGAGGGUUCUACAUGGAACUUAAAAGGGUUCUACCUGGAACCAAAAAGUGUUCUCCUAUGGGGACAGCCGAAUAACCCUUUUGGAACCUUUUUUUCUAAAAGUGUAGUAACUGAAAUGUUGACAAAUGUGAGAUACAUUGACACACCUGGGGUCCAUGGAGGUUGUGUUAUUUAAUUCGUAUCAUACUUUUACCAUUAGCUUUACCUGCUGCUCUUCUAUGACUACAACUUUCUUGUACCCUAAUUCCCUAACAUUUGACCCUUGGCCUUUGAUCCCUGACCUAUAGGCACUAAAGGUGAGCCGGGUCAGACGAUAGCAGAGAAGGGACUCCCAGGACCCAGAGGACAGGAUGGAGACCCCGGUCUUCCUGGAAACUCAGGUAAAUAACACCUCACCUUUACCUGCACAGGUUCACACUCACCUGAAUGGAUCGGCAUAGUAGUUUAGCUUUCAUCCAUAAUGAGGAAGUAAGGUAACAGACAGCACAGAUGUUUUGUGUUGUUUGGUGGAAUAUUUGAUGUAAUUAUAUGAAGUAUACACUAGUGAACUGUUUAGUAGUAGUGUAGUAAAUGUUUGCCAAAACUAAGUGUUAAUUUCUGUGUCCACAGGCAACCCCGGCGUGCCAGGACAGCCCGGUUUCCCCGGCUUACCAGGCGCCAAGGGCGACCCCGGCCUCUCCAGCAUUGGAAUGCCAGGACCCCCCGGCGCUAAAGGUAAACACUAAAUAGCUGGGCAGGUAUACAUUCACUGUCACCUGUAUGGUUAUAAUACAAACUUCAAGAGCCGAUUUCCGGAACACAGAUUAAACCUAGUCCUGGACUAAGAAGCGUUUUCAAUGGAGAAUCUAGGCUUAAGGCCCUGACAGACACACAAGAUGGCACAGCCACGAUCUCACGCUUAGCACCAUAGCACAGAGUGAUUUGAGUGUUUUACAGUAGUGCCUAUUAUCACAAUCACGUACCUGUGCCCUCACCUGUCCCCGCCCGCAGGAUUCCCAGGCUCACCUGGUGUGCCAGGUGGUCCCGGAGGUCCAGGAAGACCAGGAGUGGACGGCCUCCCCGGUGAGCCAGGUGCACCUGGAGCUAAGGUACGUACCACAGCCACACUACUAUAGAUGGAUCUUAAUACUGUACUAGUUACAGACUAACAUAUACAGCAAUGAGAAUCCGAAUUGGAUAGCAUUGUAUCAAGCUAAGGUUAAGAAUGAAUGUAGACAGACCAUGUUGACAAGGUCUACAUUUGUGUGUGUUUGGGUAUUAAUUUGAGAUUUCUAUUUGUGUGUGUGUGUGAUAGGGAGAGCCAGGGUUCGGGCUGCCAGGUCCCCAGGGCCCUACAGGCUUCAAUGGACCCAAAGGAUUACCUGGACCCAAAGGAGACUCUGGUUUCCCCGGCAACCCCGGCUCACCUGGACGAUCCGGCUUCGACGGUGUCCCUGGAGCCAAAGGUACAGUUCCAACUUCUAUUGGUGUAGUCAUUUGGAGUUAGGAGCUUAGGAACAUUGAAGUUCCACCUUCACUAAAUAUAUGGCUUUACUGUCAGUGGUUUCAAAUUAAAGAGCCUUUUAAUAUGACAAAGUUAUUAUUUACUAUUUUUAUAGAUCAACAACAUCAUACUCUAAUCUUGCCUCAUUAUUUGUGGGCAAAUUUUUCCAGACACAGAUUAAGCCUAGUUCUAGACUAAAAGCAUGCUCAGUGGAGUGUCUUCAAUCAAAGUUAUCCUUAGUCCAGAUCAGUGGCCGUCGGUGCCGUUUAAGAUGAGGGAGGACGAUCAUUAUUUUAUGAGUAUGGCCUUAUUUCAAUUACAGCAUAUUGGAUGACUGUCAAUGAUAUACAGUGAGGGAAAAAAGUAUUUGAAAAACGCAUGCCAGAAAAACGCAUGUCAAAAAUGUUAUAAAUUGAUUUGCAUUUUAAUGAGGGAAAUAAGUAUUUGACCCCUCUGCAAAACAUUACUUAGUACUUGGUGGCGAAACCCUUGUUGGUAAUCACAGAGGUCAGACGUUUCUUGUAGUUGGCCACCAGGUUUGCACACAUCUCAGGAGGGAUUCUUUCCCACUCCUCUUUGCUGAUCUUCUCCAAGUCAUUAAGGUUUCCAGCCUGAUGUUUGGCAACUCGAACCUUUAGCUCCCUCCACAGAUUUUCUGUGGGAUUAAGGUCUGGAGACUGGCUAGGCCACUCCAGGACCUUAAUGUGCUUCUUCUUGAGCCACUCCUUUGUUGCCUUGGCCCUGUGUUUUUGGUCAUUGUCAUGCUGGAAUACCCAUCCACGACCCAUUUUCAAUGCCCUGGCUGAGGGAAAGAGGUUCUCACCCAAGAUUUGACGGUACAUGGCCCCGUCCAUCGUCCCUUUGAUGCGGUGAAGUUGUCCUGUUCCCUUAGCAGAAAAACACCCCCAAAGCAUAAUGUUUCCACCUCCAUGUUUGACGGUGGGGAUGGUGUUCUUGGGGUCAUAGGCAGCAUUCCUCCUCCUCCAAACACGGCGAGUUGAGUUGAUGGCAAAGAGCUCGAUUUUGGUCUCAUCUGACCCAACAUUUUCACCCAGUUCUCCUCUGAAUCAUUCAGAUGUUCAUUGGCAAACUUCAGACGGGCCUGUAUAUGUGAUUUCUUGAGCAGGGGGACCUUGCGGGUGCUGCAGUAUUUCAGUCCUUCCCGGCGUAGUAUGUUACCAAUUGUUUUCUUGAUGACUAUGGUCCCAGCUGCCUUGAGAUCAUUGACAAGAUCCUCCCGUGUAGUUCUGGGCUGAUUCCUCACCGUUCUCAUGAUCAUUGCAACUCCACGAGGUGAGAUCUUGCAUGGAGCCCCAGGCCGAGAGAGAUUGACAGUUCUUUUGUGUUUCUUCCAUUUGCGAAUAAUCGCACCAACUGUUGUCACCUUCUCACCAAGCUGCUUGGCGAUGGUCUUGUAGCCCAUUCCAGCCUUGUGUAGGUCUACAAUAUUGUCCCUGACAUCCUUGGAGAGCUCUUUGGUCUUGGCCAUGGUGGAGAGUUUGGAAUCUGAUUGAUUGAUUGCUUCUGUGGACAGGUGUCUUUUAUACAGGUAACAAGCUGAGAUUAGGAGCACUCCCUUUAAGAGUGAGAGGGGGUCAAAUACUUAUUUCCCUCAUUAAAAUGCAAAUCAAUUUAUAAAAUUUUUGACAUGGGUUUUUCUGGAUUUUUUUGUUGUUAUUCUGUCUCUCACUGUUCAAAUAAACAUACCAUUAAAAUUAUAGACUUAUCAUUUCUUUGUCAGUGGACAAACGUACAAAAUCAGCAGGGGAUCAAAUACUUUUUUCCCUCACUGUUCCAUUCACCCAGCUCAAUGUAACAUCGAUAGGUUUAGGCUACUACAUGAUACUCUAAUUUUCCCUAUAAUCCAUCAUGAGGUUGCUACAACCUAGCCUAUGAAUGAAAGUUUACAACGUACGCUAGGUGCACACUACAACCUAGCCUAUGAAUGAAAGUUUACAACGUACGCUAGGUGCACAGGUCGAGAGGAAUUUUAGUAAUCAAGGUGACAGACAUUGCCACAUUCAAUACCGCCUUGCACACUUUUGCCUGCAUAUAGCUGAUCUAGGGUGUAAUCACUAGUCCAACAGUUGCAAACAAGACUUUCUAUUGGACAAAUUCCGGUAUGUUUAUUCCCGUGUCGUUCCGUUUGCUUCCGUUUAAGAAACGUUUUUCAACAUAAUCGGCGGAAUGAAUACACCCCUGAUCACACGCAAACACAGUUCACUUUCAUAGCAGCCUUUGAUUGUUGUAUAAUUUCUUUGCGCACCUUUCUCACCUUUUCCCUUCCCUUGUGGACUUCAGUGCACAACACGUCAGCUGUCUAUGAAAACUUUCCAAGCCAAACCUUCAUAUCAUAAUUGCUAACUGCUACACACAGCCUACAUCGUUGUCACCAUAUUAUUACGUCAUAGUCAACAUAGCUACUAGAACUAAUGCGUUAGUAAACCCAUUACAAUCAUGCAGUACAGUCAGCAAGGAGUUUAGCAGUUACACCGGCGGGCCCCGGUGGCAAUAAAUUAAUAAAACCAAAAGCUUACCUUGACUUGGAAGAGUUCCAGUGUUCGAUAGCCAUAGCCAGCUAGCUAACAUAGUAUCUCUCUAUGUUUGAGCCGGGUGUUUGAGUAGGCUAAACUAGCUAGUGAUAAAAAAAUUUUUUUUUAUGAAUUUGUUCACAACUGUUCAACUAUUGUCUUUCUCUCUCUUUGAGUCAACUACUCAUCACAUUUUAUGCAGUGGUAGCUAGCUGUAGUUUAUGCUUUUAGUACUAGAUUAAUUCUCUGAUCCAUUGAUUGGGUGGACAACAUGUCAGGUCACGCUGCUGCAAGAGCUCUGAUAGGUUGGAGGACGUCCUCUGGAAGUUGUCAUAAUUACUGUGUAAGUCUAUGGAAGGGGGUGAAACCUAGGUUUUGUAUUGAAGUCAAUGUACCCAGAGGAGGACGGAAACUAGCUGUCCUCCGGCUACACCAUGGUGCUAACCUACAGAGUGCUGUUGAGGCUACUGUAGACCUUCAUAAAACAGUGUGUUUUAAUCAAUUAUUUGGUGACGUGAAUAUAUUUAGUAUAGUUUAAUCAAAAAAAUUAUAAUGUUUCACUAUAUAAAAAAAAACUGAACUUCACUGAGGAGGAUGGUCCUCCCCUUCCUCCCCUGAGGAGACACCACUGGUCCAGAUAUAUAGUCUUCUGUUAGCUAGCUAGCUAGUUAGUUGGUAUUGCCAUGUUAACAGAUGUGUGUUCUGUACCUGUUUGUCUGUCUCCUAGGUUACUCUGGUAUCUCUAGUACACCUGUUUGGUAGCUAGCCAGUUGGUAUUGCUAUGUUAACAUGUGUGUGUGUGUUCUGUAUCUGUUUGUCUCUUCCAGGUGACUCUGGUAUCUCUGGGAUACCCGGAGCCCGUGGCCCUCCAGGACCAACCUCCAUCGGCUCUCAGGGCAGCCCCGGCCCCAUCGGACCCCCAGGACCCAUGGGCUCUCCAGGUAAGACAACCUAGCUGACCUUUGACUAGACAAAACUCAGGGAUGAUUUAUAGAUGAAUAGUUUGAUUAGAGAUUGAUAUAUAGUUUGAUUUAUGGAAUUUAUAUCUAGUUGCUUACAGCGGACCUUGUAUUAUCACCAUAUUUUUUACGUAAUGCUAAGAGUUUCUAUCAUAUUGAACCUCUGCAAAGUCUAAUUCAUGAGAAAACCAUGUAAUAUAUAUUUAUGUAUAUUUAUGCUAUAUUUUUCCAAAUAUAAUAUUUGGUUCUAUUGUUGUUUCAACAUGUUAACAUUCUGUUGAGAUGAGUCAAUAUGUGUUAUCUCGAAUGUAUUGUCUCAGUCACAGAUUGGUAUGUGCAUGAUCACCCUCAACACAUACUCUCUUAAAUGAAGGUUUAUUAUGUACAGUAUCUCAAUGGACUGGCUAUGUGGUUCAGGCUAUAUUGUCACACUUCUUAUUAAGAAAGUAACACCAUCCCUCUGCAAGGCUUUUGAGCACGAAAGAGUUUGUAAGAGGUUUAGUUGUAAAGGGUUUGUUUCUUUGUUGUGCACUGAAUGAUGUCACCAUGGGUGAUCAGGUGACGUUUGCAUCUCAGAGAGAUGCAUUCUGGGUUAUCAGUCAUCGAUGGUAACCAUAACCUGAUCUUGGGAGUUCACUCUUCUUCUCUUCUUCUUUUGUGUGUUGUCACACACUUGUGAAGCUGUUAGCUAUCAUCCACCCGCACAAUUCUAAGUCCACUUUUCCUGCACUUGUUUUUGCCUGCCACUCAAAAUAACUAACUCCUUAGUCACCUCCAUUCAGGGCAGUCACAGUUCUGAAGGCUCCAUCAUCAUGUAUGUCAUGUCGGAUAGACGUAGAGCUUUGUAAACCCUCAUCCCCCCUUCCCCACCUCUCUUUCUUACUCUGUGAUGUUCCUCAUCCGCUCCGCCCCAUUUGGACUAUAGUCUCUAUCUGGCAGCUGAUUGGUUGAUUUGUACUGUAUUUCUGUGUGAUCGGUUGAUUGGUUUAGGGACUGUACUUCUGUUCUGUGUGACAUCUUUACUCCAGCUAUGAGAUAAUUAAAUACAAUGAGGUUAUUUGACCGAUUCUGGACUGACAAAUGGAACCUUUAUAAUGUGUUGAAUAGUCACUAAUAAUAAGUAGAGCGAUUCCACUAGCACUUAAAGUCAAGUUCAAAAAGCUUUAUUGUCCAUCAAAUGUACAUAAAACCAAAUAUUAUCUUUGGCAUUUGUCAAAAUUGACCUUCUGUGAGGUCAUAGAUAAUGGACAGAUGCUGAUCAGGAAGUGAGAAUCUGUCCUGACUCUGUCAUUGAUUCCUGGCGUUUCAGGAUACUCAGGCGCCAACGGAGAGAAGGGAGACACCGGUCCUCCCGGCCUGGGCAUUCCAGGGUUGCCAGGCGACAGAGGAAGUCCCGGUUUCCCCGGCAACCCCGGGGGAGUUGGACCACAGGGUAACCCUGGCAGCCCCGGCCGAGACGGACUGCCUGGCCUGCCCGGUAGGAUAACAGACCGACACCAACAUCAAACCUGCCUAAUCUAUGUGUCUGUUUUAGUCUCUGUCUGUCUAGUUUUAAAUAUUUUUCUGUGUUAUGAAUGGACUGUUAGAAAUCAGAGUCUAUGGCUGGUAUACAUAGGCAGCCCAAUUCUGAUCUUUUGCCCAAUUAAUGGCAAAAGACCUGAUCUGAUUGGUCAAAGACUAAUUAGUGGCAUAAGGUCAGAAUUGGGCUGCCUGUGAUAACGCAGCCUAUUUGUUUAUUUCAGUCUUGUCUAUAUCUGGUUACGUCUCUGACUGGCUGUCUACACAUUGUUGUUACUCUAUUUCCAUCUCAAAUGGCACCCUAUUCCCUAUAUAUGAACUCUAGUGAAAAGUAAUGCACUAUAUAGGGAAUAGGGUGCCAUUUGGGACACACACGGUGUCUCUGACCUUCCCCCUGUCUUGAUGGGGAAAUGCCAGUCAAAAGUAAUGUGUCUAACCUCUCUCACGCUCUCUCUCUCUCUCUCUCUCUCUCUCGCUCUCUCUCUCUCUCUCUCUCUCUCUCUCUCUCUCUCUCUCUCUCUCUCUCUCUCUCUCUCUCUCUCUCUCGCUCUCGCUCUCGCUCUCGCUCUCGCUCUCGCUCUCUCGCUCUCUCUCUCUCGCUCGCUCGCUCUCUCUCGCGCUCUCUCGCUCUCUCGCUCUCUCGCUCUCUCUCUCGCUCAACAGGUGGUAAAGGAGACAUGGGUGUGAUGGGAGCUCCUGGACCUCUGGGAUCCGCUGGGAACCCCGGAGCCCCCGGCUUCCCUGGACCUAAAGGUACACACACACUAGAGCUGGGCGAUAUGGACAUAAAUCCAUAUCAUGACAAAUUGAUUGAAUUGAACUUUAUAACAUUAAUGUGCACCACAGUUAUUUUUUAAAAUAUUACACUUAAAACUACUAUUACUACUUUUUAUGUUGUAGCUAUCAGUUGUCCCAUUAACAAUCACCCAUAUUAGCAAACUCAUUUCAUUUCAAACUUUUCACACAUUUCUCUAGUAGGGCCAUACACUCUUAGAAAAAAGGGUUCCAAAAGGGUUCUUCGGCUGUCCACAUAAGAUAACCCUUUUUGGUUCCAGGGCGAACCUUUUUGGUUCCACGUAGAUCUCUUUUGGGUUUCAUGUAGGACCCUGUGUGGAAAGGGUCCUACCUGGAACCAAAAAUUGUUAUUCAAACGGUUCUCGUAUGGGGACAGCCGAAAAACUAUUUUAGGUUCUAGAUAGCACCUUUUUUUCUAAGAGUGUAUAGGUUAUUGGUCAGUGUCAAUAAUAUAGAGGUUUAUCAUCCAAACCCUAACACACACAGACACACACACACCUACUAUACAGUGUGAGUCGUAGGACAACAGUCGCAAUAGACCCAAAUAUGACCAAGAUCACACAGAUGCCAGGUCUUAAAAUCAAACAAACUAGUCCAAAACAUCUGCAGCACUAGCUAUAAGGAACCCACACAUAAACACACACAUUGGUACUGUAUGUGUCUUCGAUAAUAGACCCUCUGACUCUGUGUGUCUCCUUUCUCCAGGUGACAAUGGUUUCCCAGGGCGACCAGGUGGGCCCGGUGGUUCAGGUGCGAAGGGAGACAGGGGAGAGCCCGGUGUGCCGGGACCCCCAGGACCCAUCAUCCAGGCACCAAAGGGUGACAAGGGAGAACCAGGAGCACCAGGUACAUCUUUCUCUCUGUCUGUUUAUCUCUCUGCCUGUUUCUGACUCUGACUUAUGUAGACUGCUAAGAACGCAGCUUUGUUUCACUGUCCUGACAGUUUCAUUUGCUUUUAAACUGCUGCUACUCGCUGUUUAUUAUCUAUGCAUAGUCACUUUACCCCUACCAUUGACUGGGUACCAGUACCCCCUAUAUAUAGCCUCAUUACUGUUAUUUUAUUGUGUUACUUUUUAUUACAUUUUUUACUUUAGUUUAUUUAGUAAAUAUUUUCUUAACUCUAUUUUAUUCAAACUGUCAAGGGCUUGUAAGUAAGCAUUUCACGGUAAGGUCUACACCUGUCUACACCUGUUGUAUUCGACGCAUGUGACAAAUACAAUUUUAUUUUAUUUGAUUCCUGUGUUUUUUGUGUUGUGGAGGUUUGGGAGGACUGUCAGGUCAAAAGGGUAUCCCUGGUCUCCCUGGAGACGCUGGUAUACCAGGACAGGACGGAAGACCUGGGUUGCCAGGACCUCAAGGUAUAUAACACUCAUACUAUCUAGAAACUCAUCCUCUAGUACACUCAUCCCCCCAGAAUGUCCUCUACUGAACACUAGUACACUCAUCCCCCCAUAAUGUCCUCUACUGAACACUAGUACACUCAUCCCCCCAGAAUGUCCUCUACUGAACACUAGUACACUCAUCCCCCCAGAAUGUCCUCUACUGAACACUAGUACACUCAUCCCCCCAGAAUGUCCUCUACUGAACACUAGUACACUCAUGCCCCCAGAAUGUCCUCUACUGAACACUAGUACAGUCAUCCCCCCAGAAUGUCCUCUACUGAACACUAGUACACUCAUCCCCCCAGAAUGUUCUCUACUGAACACUAGUACAGUCAUCCCCCCAGAAUGUCCUCUACUGAACACUAGUACAGUCAUCCCCCCAGAAUGUCCUCUACUGAACACUAGUACACUCAUCCCCCCAGAAUGUCCUCUACUGAACACUUGUACAGUCAUCCCCCCAGAAUGUCCUCUACUGAACACUAGUACACUCAUCCUACCUAGAGAUCUCACUUGAUAACUUUUCCUGUUGACUUCAAUGUGCCUUUCACAUAUACAUUUAUAAUUGUAUUAUGAGUGUCUUGCAUCUUCAGGAUGCUCAACCUAAAUGGGCUUAUAAAACAUGCGUAUUUCCAAGUUACACGUAUAUCUCAAAAUAUGAUUCAACCCCAUAAUGUCCUCUACUGAACACUAACUCCUAAUUUCCUCUCUCUGCUGUGUUCAGGACCCAAAGGAGACGCAGGUAUCCCUGGAGGAUCAGGCUCACCAGGAGCCCCAGGAGCUAAAGGCAACAUGGGAGAGAUGGGCUUCCCAGGUGGGUGUUAGACCGCCGAUAACCCCAUAUCCCCACCAUCACCAUCAUGUUCUAGAACCCCAUAUCCCCACCAUCACCAUCAUGUUCUAGAACCCCAUAUCCCCACCAUCACCAUCAUGUUCUAGAACCCCAUAUCCCCACCAUCACCAUCAUGUUCUAGAACCCCAUAUCCCCACCAUCACCAUCAUGUUCUAGAACCCCAUAUCCCCACCAUCAUGUUCUAGAACCCCAUAUCCCCACCAUCACCAUCAUGUUUUGUUUAUUGUCCUGUCACUCUUAUGUUCUAUACACUGAAAUAUAAUCAAUAAUAAUAAAAUAUAUAUAUUGAUUGCAAAGACUCCCCAUAACCCCCUAGACUUGGCCACUCUCAACUCUUUAUGUUCAUAGAAACAUUGGCUAUUAUGAAUUGAUAUACCUGAAUACUUUUCUUUUGUUACAGUAGGUGUUCUGUAACAGUUUAAUGAUGGAAAAAACAAGUAUACAAAUACAGUUCGAUCCAUAUAUUGAUUGCUAGAUUAAUCACAAUUAGUUAGAGUGUUGUAACUGAACUAUAUUUAGCCGACUACACCAAUCUUAUUGUCCAUUUAUGAUGAUGUCACAGGACCCACGGGGGCAAAAGGAACUCCGGGUCAGCCAGGUCGGUCGGGUGCACCCGGUAGUUCAGGAGCAUCAGGGUUCCCUGGAGCUAAGGGAGAGCCUGGUUCCCCUGGCUUUGGUUCCCCAGGAGCUACAGGUCCCAAGGUAUGGAACCCUCUACUCUAGAACCCUCUAGAACAGUCUAGAACCAUAUAGAACCAGAACCGCAUAGAACCGUAUGUGCCUUUAUGCAUAAGUCUAGAUCUCUGUCCAGGUUUAGAUGAGUUUGACCUGUUUCAAAGGGAACUGUAUACUCAUUCUGAAUUAUAUUUGAGUAAUAUGGAAAAUCUGCUUCAUUGAUAAAGUUGGUAUUGUUAUAAUCAGUAGUUGUAGAGCUAGUACUAUUAGUUUUACUAUCAGUAUUAGAUAUAUUAGUGUUUUCUAUCUGUAAUGCAACUCUAUUCCUUUCUCUCUCUCUCUCUCUCUCUCUCUCUCUCUCUCUCUCUCUCUCUCUCUCUCUCUCUCUCAGGGUGAGCCCGGUCAGUCAGGAUUCCCCGGACAAAACGGAGUGAAAGGAACUCCCGGAACACCAGGUCUUCCUGGGUUCCCUGGCGGCCCUGGCGCCAAAGGCGACCCCGGCCUCCCAGGAUUCCAAGGUAACUAACAGUUACGGUGCUACAGUCUAACCACGAGCGUUGGACAGUAAAAGAAGAAUCAGGUUUAUGGGAUUCUUCCAAGCCUUCAUCUCAUAUCCAGCUACCUAUGUCAUUAAAUCUGUUCGGCUGUCUUUCUGGUAAUUCCUCUAGGUUCUCCCGGUAUUCCCGGGCCUAAGGGUCUUGAUGGUAUCCCCGGUAACCCCGGUCUCAGCGGACCACCCGGCCGACCGGGAGAGAACGGCCGUGCCGGAUCACCUGGGUUCCCAGGGGACAAGGGUCAGGCGGGUCGUGAUGGAAUCCCUGGACCAGCAGGAGUCAAAGGAGACCCAGGUAGUUGGCGUAGUCACUUAAAGGGGCAAUUUGCAAUUGCUACUUACAUUUUUUUACUUUUAAAUUAUUCAUAUAUACCCAUUGUUUCUAGAAUGAUAUAACUUAUAAAUGCCUCAUGAGCUUAGUUCAACUGUCGUACCCCAAAGUCAUAGUCAAACGAUAAAACGACAUUAUCCAUAAUGGAAUUGUUCACUUCAAUGAUUUUGUGCUUGUAAUGGUGAUAUCAUGCAGUAAGACUAUUUAUUUUAUUAGUUGGACGUCUAAAACGAAACUCCUCUUUUUCCCAUGAUCCUCUUCUCCUGCAGGUCUUCCUGGUUUCGGUGGCCCUGGCGCUCCUGGUCUCCCAGGGUUACCAGGUGAGACUCACCCCACCUGACUGACUGUCUUUUUUACUCUCACACAAACCAUACAUACACUAAACACUAGCUCCUGAAUGACAGACAACCAAACCACUACAGAGAAUAUACUGUAGCUGAUAACCGACUAUAGACCAUAUAAAACUUAAAUAGCAUUCUCCAUUUGCAUCAGUCAAUUUUUCUAUCAAUAAAUGUCUACAACAACCACUACUACUCUACAACCACCAACAUCCUUCAAUCACCACUUCUCCCACACUACACCAAAUGUUCAAUGUUUUAUGUUUACUGUAUUUAUAUUGUAUAUACUGUACGUUGACUUUGUGUAAAUUCCUCCGGUUGUGUCUAUUGCUGGCAGCACCAUUUCACCAGGUCACAUUCUGGGUAUGUGUAAAUGUACUUGGUGAAUAAAAGUGAUUCUGAUAAUGAAAGGACCUUUUGUUGUUGCCGUCUGUUCCCCACAGGUGCUAAGGGAGAUCUUGGCGCCCCUGGUUCUUCCGGUAGCCCUGGCUUCCCUGGUCAGAAGGGAGAGGUGGGUUUCCCUGGCCUGCCUGGGUCCCCUGGCAGUGUUGGGCCCCCUGGCAGCCCAGGUGUGGCCCUCCAGGGGCCCAAAGGUAACGCCGGCCCCCCCGGACCCCCUGGAAGAGGAGGUAUGUUAUGAAUUGAUCACUCCAUCACCUUUUAGCCAAUGUUGCUGCCUGGUUUUCUGGCCAUUUUGAAGUCUGGAGCCUUUUGGUUGGAGUGUAUUGUAUAGUUAAGAGUUUAAAAUGUAUGAAGUCAUGGACUGGGAAGGAGAUUUGAUAGAUAGAUUAUUUUUGUGUUCUUUAACAUUUUUUUUUUUUUUUUGAAUUUUUUAGAAAACAAAUUUGGGGGUAGAUCAGCUUUAAUAUUGAUAGAUAGAUUAUUCAUAGAUUUUCUCUCUGACACGUGGCAUACACAAACGCGCACACACACACACAUUGUAUACACACACACACAAACCCAAGUAAAAACCAGGCAGCAAACAUGGCCUACCUGCAGCACUUUGUGUGAAUGCUUUAUGUUAAUCCCAUUGAUUUGCAUGAGAUGUGAACCUCUUUGUCAAUCAACACUGGUCCCAGAUCAGCUAUAUGUCCUGAGCACAAACACACACUGUCACUCAAAUCACCAUCGUCGUACUGUACUAUGUACACUGAGCACUGAACCAAACCAACCGAUUGUAUCACCACCACCACUAUGCAACCAAACGUCCCCCACCCCCUUAACCCCUCACUACACAAUGUUGGGGUGUGCCUCCAACACGCACCAAUCAGUGUGUCUCCCUCACCGUCUGGGUUCCAGCCACACCCCAAACAUCAGAGCAUGGAGGGCGACCUCAAGUUGUUGUCUAUGUCCUCCAUCCAUCCAUCCAUCCAUCCAUCCAUCUGCUUGUCAAUCAUCUCUCCAUCCUUGUGUCUCCUCACCCCCUCUCCCUCCCUUUUCGGUUGCAGGGGAACGGUUCCUGAUCUGUCCAUCUCUCCACAGGGUUGAUGUGUGUGUGUGUGUAUGUCCUGUUGAUGUGUAUGUGUCUUGUGUGUUGCUUGGUGUUUUAUAUCCUAAUUGUCUAAUUACGUGACAUUGGUGUGAAGCAGACGAACCAGUAACAUGUCUAACUAUGCAUUAGAGAAGGGGUUUUAAAAGCCUAGAAAACUCAUGCUUAUAUUUGUUGGAUUCAACUCUGUAUCAACAACAAAGAACCUACACUAUCUAGAAACAAGAAGUAUCACCACCAUUAUCUAUAAAAGUGAGUAGAGUGUUGUAAGUCAAAAGGGUAUCGAAGGGUUUUGACUGAACAUUUCCUAUACAACAUUGGUGUAGUCGGUCAAAUAGAGCUCAUUGGCUGCCCAUAUAGCAUUGAACCCCUGUAUUAUACAGUUAAGGAAUGAACUAUAAAGUGGUCUCACUGUAGAUCAGUGUCAUUUAUUACAUUAUGAUUGAUUGAUUGAUUUUAUUAGUCAGCUAAAAAAAAAUACAUAUGCACACAGUGCAUACAUUUUAAAUACUUAUUUCCAUUGUGGUCCCUAGUCCCUAAACCACAACAGAGUUGGUCCAGUAUUAUCAAUAGGCUACUUGAGUCUAGGUAAGACUGAGAAGGUUUGUCUGUGACUCGUCUCUGUUUCUGUCACAGUGAUCUGUGUGUCUGUGUGUCAGUCACCUGUCUGUCCUGCAUGGGCCAUGUGUGUCCAUCUGCACCUCAGCACCUGAAUCACAAUGCCAGACUAUAGCACAGAGUUGGGCUCAGUUAAACCACAAUUAAACAUAAUUUAAUUUCAGAUUGAAUUCCAACUCCCUUAGACUUAGUUACAUUGGUAAUAUGUCUAAAAGGGGAUCACUAUAGGUUUAUAAUCCUCUAUACCAGGGGGUGUCAAACUAUUUUUGCCCCGGGGGCUGCAUUCGGUCUUCAACGAGGUCCUGAGGGCCGCACUGAAAAUCAGUAAUAUUUUCUCGCAGUCAACAUUUGCAAAAGAUGUAGUCCUCUAUCCAUCGUUUUUGGAAUUUUCAGUGGUCCCCGACUUUCUAGCUUUCAUUUUGGUGAUUGUUAGUGAGUUGGACACAGUCAACAAACUAUAUGAAUGUAGGUCCAUUAUCAUUUCUACACAGUCCCCCCACCCCUCGUAUCAUAUUUUUUUACUUAAACCACCUGGGGCGAAUUGUUCCCCCUCGCGGGCCGGAUCCUGCCCGCUGGCCGUAUGUUUGACACCCUGCUCUAUACCAUCCUCUAAUUUGAUUUCCUCACUUGCGCUGUACUUUAAGUAAGAUCCUUUAUCAUCUUGAUAAAGUGUCUCUUACAUUAGAGAGCUACAUAUACUCGGAGUAUACCAAACAUUAGGAACACCUUCCUAAUAUUGAGUUACCCCCCCCCCCCUUUUGCCUUCAGAACAGCCUCAAUUUGUCGGGGCAUGGAAUCUACAAGGUGUAGAAAGUGUUCCACAGGGAUGCUGGCCCAUGUUGACUCCAAUGCUUCCCACAGUUGUGUCAAGUUGGCUGGAUGUCCUUUGGGUGGCGAACCAUUCUUGAUACUGUUGAGCAUGAAAAACCUAGCAGCGUUGCAGUUCUUGACACAUAUCGGUGCGCCUGGCACCUACUAGCAUACCCCUUUCAAAGGCACUUACAUUUUUGUCUUGCCCAUUUACCCUCUGAAUGGCACACAUACACAAUCCAUGUCUCAAUUGUAUCAAGGCUUAAAAAUCCUUCUUUAACCUGUCUCCUCCCCUUCAUCUACAAUGGUUGAAGUGGUUUUAACAAGUGACAACAAUAAGGGAUCAUAGCUUUCACCUGGAUUCACCUGGUCGGUCUAUGUCAUGGAAAGAGCAGGUGUUCUUAAUGUUUUGUAUACUCAGUGUACAUGUACAGUGCCUUCGGAAAGUAUUCAGACCCUUGACUUUUUUCACAUUUUGUUACGUUAUAGCCUUAUCCUAAAAUGUGUAUAUAUAUAUAUAUAUAUAUAUAUAUAUUUAAAAAAAUAUCCUGAACAAUCUACACACAGUACCCCAUAAUGACGAAGCGAAAACAGGUUUGUAGAAAUUUGUGCAAACCCUUUGCUAUGAGACUCGAAAUUGAGCUCAGGUGCAUCCUUGAGAUAUUUCUACAAUUUGAUUGGAGUCCACCUGUGGUCAAUUCAGUUGAUUGGGCAUGAUUUGGAAAGGUGCACACCUGUCUAUAUAAGGUCCCACAGUUGAUAGUGCAUGUCAGAGAAAAAACCAAGCCAUGAGGUUGAAGGAAUUGUCCGUAGCGCUCCGAGACAGGAUUGUGUCGAGGCACAGAUCUGGGGAAGGGUACAAAAAAAAAUCUUAAGCAUUGAAGGUCCCCAAGAACACAGUGGCCUCUAUCAUUCUUAAAUGGAAGAAGUUUGGAACCACCAAGCCUCUUCCUAUAGCUGGCUGCCCGGCCAAACUGAGCAAUCGGGGGAGAAGGGCCUUGGUCAGGGAGGUGACCAAGAACCCGAUGGUCACUCUGACAGAGCUCUAGAGUUCCUCUGUGGAGCUGGGAGAACCUUCCAGAAGGACAACCAUCUCUGCAGCACACCACCAAUCACCACCAGCACACCACCAAUCACCACCAGCACACCACCAACCACCAAUCAGGACAACAGGACAACGACCCUAAGCACACAGCCAAGACAACGCAGGAGUUGCCUCGGGACAAGUCUCUGAAUGUCCUUGAGUGGCCCAGCCAGAGCCCGGACUUGAACCCAAUCGAACAUCUCUGGAGAGACCUGAAAAUAGCUGUGUAGCAACACUCCCCAUCCAACCUGACAAAGCUUGAGAGGAUCUGCAGAGAAGAAUGGGAGAAACUCCCCAAAUACAGGUGUGCCAAGCUUGUAGCGUCAUACCCAAGAAGACUCAAUGCUGUAAUCGCUGCCAAAGGUGCUUCAACAAAGUACUGAGUAAAGGGUCUGAAUACUUAUGUAAAUGUGAUAUUUCCGUUUUGAAUAUGUAAUUAAUUAGCAGAAAUUUCCAAAAACCUGUUUUUGCUUUGUCAUUAUGUGGUAUUGUGUGUAGAUUGAUGAGGAAAAUAAACAAUUGUAUCCAUUUUAGAAUAAGGCUGUAACGUAACAAAAUGUGGAAAACGUCAAGGGGUCUGAAUACUUUCCGAAGGCAAUGUAUAUAGUAUAUUAUAUAAAGCUGUAUUGAGCCCAGUACUACUAGCCCAGCUCUGUGCCAGGAUAGGUGUCAUCCCCAGUUGUGGGGGGAUGAGAGCGAUGGUAUGACAUGUACUUCCUGUUUCCUGUGUCUUGGCUCCACCUCCUGUGGUGUGGCCCCUCCCCCUUUGAUGACACCUUCGUCCGUGCCCAGGUCCCGAAGGUCAGAGUUCCAGUACCCAGGCAUCUGUUCUACUGCAUGUUCUCCUGGUCUAGAAUACAAUACAAACCCUUAACCUAACUAUGUUGCUGAUUGAUCUUGGAUCUUGGAUUUAGCAUUUAUUAAUUAUUUUCUUCCCUUAAUUUUCUGAUCCUUCCUUUUUAACUAUGCUAAUCUCACUUUUCUUCUGAUUGAAUAGUCACACUGGUCAAAUAACCAUAACUAAAAUGAUUUAAACUUUUGCUUGAAAUCAUUUUUGUAUGUUUUAGAAUGUACAGAAUGUGGUAACAUACACCUUUGAAUAAUCAAUACCUUUUUUAACAAACACUAUUUCUGAUGAAUGAAUUAUUGGUUAGCUAACACACAAACCUCUAACACUAAAUACUGUAAUUGUAAUUGUGUUCAACUUGGAAUUGACUAAUUUCUUGAAAAUGUAGUUGAUAAACAUGAAUUUAGCAUCAUGUAGUUUAAAGAUAAUAAGUUGUUAGCAUUUUUUCCAUUAACUUUACAUAUGUAAGAACUAGCACUAUUUAGCUUUUACAAAUAUGUUCAGUAUUAAUUUAAAUGAAAUAAUGAUAUUGAAACACAAACACGACAUAUGGUUUGCCCUGAGGUUUGGUUGUGUCAGACGUUAGCCUGAUGGUGUAUCUAUCUAUGCUAACUCUUGCCUCUUGUUUUAACCCUUCACAUUCUGCCGCCCCGUCUCUGCUAUACCCGGAAUUCUGGGAUACCUAGGUCCUCCAGGUUAGAAUCCAUGGUUUGAUGAUGUUGACCUUUGUUGUGCUGUUGUGAUGAAACUGAUCUGUGUACAUUUUGUUUGGCCUGGUCCCAGAUCCGUUUGUGCUCUUGCCAACUCAUUGCUGUCAUUGUUGGCAUGGUAGCACAAACAGACUGGCACUCAGGCUAACAUUUUGUUGGAUUGGGUACUACUUAACCAUGUUGAUGAUUUGUUAACCACAUUUUACUUUUCAGGAUGGGUUGUGAAGCCUAAAAAAAGACUAUAGCUUGCACUGACACUGUACAUACACAAUAAUACACCCCAUAAUUCACAAAACACACUUGAACACACUCAUGUCUCCUCCUUUAUACUGUAUUUAUACUGUUUUUAAAUGGUUGUAUGUACGCAUGCAGUUUUAUGCUAUGUUGACUGUUGAUGUUAGUGUUAUACAGUAACCAUGGAGAUAGAUCAGCUGGAUCUAGUUUUAUCUCUUGGGUUAUUAUUAUUGUUGUUUGUUAUAAUGUCAGGUUGAGGUGAGUGUCAUCUCUGACCUCUAACCUUUGACCUCUGUGUGUGAAGGUCCUCCUGGCUCUGAGGGUCCCCGUGGCCCUGUUGGCAGCGGAGGGACCAAAGGUGAGAAGGGAAUUUCCGGAAUUCCUGGAUCGCCUGGUUUCCCCGGAGCAAAGGGAGAAUUCGGAUCGCCCGGAUUCCCGGUAUGGAACCAGUCAACUUAGAUCCUCUGUAACUCAAUUGGUAGAGCAUGGCGCUUGUAACGCCAGGGUAGUGGGUUCGAUCCCCGGGACCUACCAUAUGUAAAAAUGUAUGCGCACAUGACUGUAAGUCGCUUUGGAUAAAAGCGUCUGCUAAAUGGCAUAUUAUUAUUAUUAUUAUUAUUAUUAUUAUUAUUAUUAUUAUUAUUAUCCUUAGAUCUCCUUUCCCCAUUGAUAGCAGGAUAAAUGACAUGCACAAUCAUGACCAACUUGCUUACAUUGAUCCUCUCCUUUCAAAUAUAGACACUUACAUGGGGGAUAGGGCUAUGGGUUGGUUUGGGAUUGUAUGAAGUACAUUUUAAAUUCCAUCUGGGAUUGGGAUGUCACAUGACCCUUGACCUCUCCCCUAUCAUGUGACCAGGGUACUCCUGGCCUUCCUGGUGCCAACGGGCUGAAGGGAGACAUUGGACUGCCCGGCGUUCCCGGAUUCCCAGGUCAGUCAGGAAUAACAUUCCCAUUCCUAGUUGAUCACCAAACAUUUCUGUUAAAAAAAAACUUGCGUUCCUAUUUUUUUUGUUUGUUCGUUUCGCACUGUUGGCGUUAGGUGCACUUGAUUCAGCAGCCCUAGUGCCGGGAAGGCAAAGUGUUCCCAUUUUGAACCAUUUUAUGUGUCUGAAGGUAGAACUCCACCUACCAGGCAGGCCCAGAGAGCAAAUCAAGUGCACCUAUAGCCCUACCGCUAGCCAAUCAGAUAGCUCAGAUCACUGUGUCUGCAGUUUCCUCACGACAUAGACAGUAAAAAGAAGCCUUGAAUGCACAGCAAAGUUGAUAAUAUGAGAUUUCAAAACUUUUAAAACCCAGACUAGAGAGAGACUCAACGAAUACAGCAAAGAGCUGCUGUUUUUAUGAGUAAGUUCAUGUUUAAGUUGUUAUUCAGUACUGUCAACACUUUGUUCAACCCUUUUGUAAGCCAUAAAAUGUGCGUUCUUCCAACUUCCACUCACGCUACAACCAGCACUGCAGCUGCAAUGAAUGAGUGUAGCAAAGUGUUUCGAUAAGCUUGCGUUGUUAUUAUUUGCGGCUUGCGGCUUUUUUAAUACCGAGGAAUAUUUCACUUUCUCAGGUCAUAGGAGUAACAACAUGAAUUGGUGCAUGAGGCAGAAAUAAUGCAGUGCGACUUAAGUUUCGCCAUUAGCUGGAAGACUGUGUCCCCUUUUCUCAGCAGAGGGAGGGAGAGAGGAGGGACGGUGAGUCAGGUGAGAGGUAGCUGCUCCCUCCCUCCCCUCAGACUGACCAUCAGAUGCAGGCCAACAGUCCAUAGGAAAUAAAGUUAAUUAUUAUGCUCACUCAGCUGUGCCUCACAAGUAAUACAACAAAUGAUCUAUUACCAGUGUGAUCAUAUAACUAAAUUGUGUAAAUAUAAUUUCAAAAUGGUCUGAGAAGAACAACAUUGGCAGGGUAAUUCAAGCAUAGUCACUAUGCAGUGAUAAUGUAUUGGGCCUAUAGCCUACUGCACAAACCUCAUUGCUACAGUACUGUUUUGAAUUGGUUAAUGUUGCCUAGGCUUAAGUUUUUUAAGUCAUGUAAAAAACAAAUCUGAGUGGUAGGUCUCGGCUUGCAUUUUGAAAAGGUUGGUGACCACUGGUUUAUGUGAACGUCCCAUCAUGGGUUUCUCUGUUAACAAUAUUCCCUCAUCUCCCUUAUUUCCCUUCUUCUCCACCUCUCUCGCUCUCCUCCCUUCCUCAAUCUUUCCUCCCCCUCUCUCCUUCCUCUCUCUCUCUCUACUCCCUCUCUCCAUCUCUCCCUCUCUACCUCUCUCUCUUCCCCAGGACCAAAGGGAGAUUCUGGAAUCCCUGGAUCAUCUGGUCUCCCUGGAGACCCCGGAGAGGUUGGCCCUGUUGGUGAGUCUUCACCCCUCAUCCCCUCUGUACACACACACACACACACAUACACACACACACACACACACACACCCUCCCAAACACCUACACACACGCUCCCAAAAACUCUGACUGCCAUCUCUGGUGUACCCCACUUCUCUUCUCUGACACCUUUCGUUGUCAUCUUUGACCUCAGGCAUCCAAGGUGACCCAGGUUUUGCUCCAGCCCCCAUCGUGGUGAAGGGAGAGCGUGGCUCCCCUGGCCCUUCAGGUCUGCCAGGCGGCCGUGGCCCCGCAGGACCCCCCGGACUGGAGGGACUCUCAGGUCAGUGGACUGUCACAUCCAGUGUCUGUUUGCCACAGGAUAGUUAUAUUCAGUUUAUAUAGUUAAUUACAAUUAGCUUAAUUUUUACCAGAGGAGGCUUGAAGCUGCAGUUAGCUGCAGUUCGUAAUCAUAAGCUAGUUACUAGAGCUAGCGAAGAGAGUUUUCCACUUGGAGGUAUAUGAGGUCACUGAUGAGUCCUCUGGUCUGUUCCAGGUCAGCCCGGUCCGCCAGGAGACCCCGGUCCUGAGGGACCCCCAGGAUUCAGUGGAGCCUCCGGCCGCAAGGGGGACUCAGGACCCGCCGGACAGCCAGGUAAGAUUGUCCAUAGCACACAAAUAAUGUUUCAAAUCUCGUUUCAAAUCUCUCUUACACAGACCUAACCUUCCAUUGUGUAUAUCAGUUAGUAGUCAUAUGUCAUUAGUCAAUAGUCAUUACAAUACAUAGCUCUAGAAGUGUAAAAGAAACUCAAAAAAAGUCAAUUUAGUUAUAGUAUUGUUAAUUGAGUUAAUUGAGUUAAUAAUGUUCCUUGUUUUCUGUGUCAAUGACAGGACAAACAAGAUUGAGUCCUAAGACAAACCUUGGUCAAAUACAUUGAGGUGCCUUUGAUUUAGCCAUGACUUUGCACUUUUGGGACUAUUCCAUUGGGUUCAUUGUACCUGCCAAACUAAAUCAAGUAUUAGAAAAGUACACUAUAUAUGCAAAAGCAUGUGGACACCCCUUCAAAUUAGUGGAUUCAGUUAUUUCAGCCACACCCGUUGCUGACAGGUGUAUAAAAUCGAGCACACAGCCAUGCAAUUUCCAUAGACAAACAUUGACAAUAGAAUGGCUUUACUGAAGAGCUCAGUGACUUUCAACCUGGCACCGACAUAGGAUGCCACCUUUCCAACAAGUCAGUUCAUCAAAUUUCUGCCCUGCUAGAGCUGCCCCGGUCAACUGUAAGUGCUGUUACUGUGAAGUGGAAACAUGUAGGCGCAACAACAGCUCAGCCGUGAAUUGGUAGGUCACACAAGCUCACAGUACGGGACCGGCGAGUGCUGAAGCGCGUAGUGCGUAAAGAUCGGCUGACCUCGGUUGCAACACUCACUAUCGAGUUCCAAACUGCCACUGGAAGCAGCGUCAGCACAAUAACAGUUUGUCGGGAGCUUCAUGAAAUGGGUUUCCAUGGCUGAGCAGCCGACCAUGCGCAAUGCCAAGUGUCGGAUGGGUUUGGCGGUUGCCAGGAGAACGCUACCUGCCCCAAUGCAUAGUGCCAACUGUAAAGUUUGGUGGAGGAGGAAUAAUGGUCUGGGGCUGUUUUUCAUGGUUCGGUCUAGGCCCCUUUGUUCCAGUGAACAUACAAUGACAUUCUAGACGAUUCUGCGCUUCCAACUUUGUGGCAACAGUUUGGGGAAGGCCCUUUCAUGUUUCAGCAUGACAAUGCCACCGUGCGCAAAGCGAGGUCCAUACAGAAAUGGUUUGUCGAGAUCGGUGUGGAAGAACUUGACUGGCCUGCACAGAGCCCUGACCUCAACCCCAUUGAACAUCUUUGGGAUGAAUUGGAAUGACGACUGCGAGCCAGGCCUAAUUGCCCAACAUCAGUGCCGACCUCACUAAUGCUCUUAUGGCUGAAUGGAAGCAAGUCCCCGCAGCAAUGUUCCAACUACUAGUGGAAGAGUAGAGGCUGUUAUUACAGCAAAGGGGGGACCAACUCCAUAUUAACGUCCAUGAUUUUGGAAUGAGAUGUUCGACAAGCAGGUGUCCACAUACUUUUGCUCAUGUAGUGUAUUUCACAUUUUGACCCAGAUCAGAAAUAGUUUGGCCAAAUGUUCCUCCAUGUUGGAACCGUUAUUAAUAUCAACACAGACCGGUAUACAUAUUUGAAUAAUGUAAUUAUUAUUAAUGUUCCCCCUGCUCUGUUCCCUGUUUUCUCAAUCUCACUGUGACAAUAUCAUUAUAGCACAUCUAACUGAUCAUUAUAGCUAGGGAUGUGCAUCUUUCCCUUUCAAGAUGAUUCGAUACGUAUCUAAAUACAUGUCUCUACGAUACAUGAACGAUACGUUUUAGUUUGAAGCGAUUCGAUGCAAUUCGGUUUGAUUAGAGACCGAAUAAAUGCGAAUCUGAGCUGACUUGUGUGUGUGUGUGUGUAGAUGAUGUAUGCCUAUGGUGUAUGUACUAUGUAAGCACCUGAGCUGAGCCAUUAGGGAAACUAGGCAUCUACCACCACACUAUCACUAUCAGACUAGGGGGGGCAAUGUAGCCUAUGUUUUUUGUCCUGUUACUUUGGUUCUGAAAUCACCAUCACCCACUAAUUAACUUGUUUUGAGCUAGUAAUGCAUCAAUAUUUUUACAAAUUAGCUAUGAUAUUGCCAAUGAAUAUAUACCGUGUCUUCAGAAAGUAUUCACACCCUUGACGUUUUGCACAUUUUGUUGUGUUACAGCCUGAAUUUAAAAUGGAUUAAAUUUAGAUUUUGUGUCACUGGCCUACACACAAUAACCCAUAAUGUCAAAGAGGAAGUAUGUUUUUAGAACUAUUUACAAAUUAAUUACAAAUGAAAAGCUGAAAUGUCUUGAGUCAAUAAGUAUUCAUCCCCUUUGUAAUGGCAAGCCUAAAUAAGUUCAGGAGUAAAAAUGUGCUUAACAAGUCAUAUAAUAAGUUGCAUGCUACAUUUUAAUCAGUUUGGGGUUGGGACCGAUAUGGUGAAUCGUUACAUCCCUAAUUAUAGCACAUCUAAAGCCUUCUAAUCUGAUCAUUUUUCUGCAGUCUGAACAGCCAAAAUAUCAAGACUCAGGAUAAGGCCCAGAUGCAGACAGUUCGAAAUAGAAAAAGUUUAUUUACAAAAACAGGGGGCAGGCAAACGACAGGUCAAGGGCAGGCAGAGGUCAGUAAUCCAGAGCAGAGUCCGAAAGGUACAGAAACGGCAGGCAGGCUCAGGGUCAGGACAGGUAGAAUGGUCAAAACUGGGAAGAACUGGAAAACAGGGGCUAGAGCAAAACAGGAGUACGGGAAAACCGCUGUUAGGCUUGACGAGACAAGACGAACUGGCAACAGACAUGGAAUCAGAUAUUUCAAGCCAGAUUUCAAACCACCUUCGUAGAUGGUUUGAAAUCAGAUUCCUGGCCAUGCGACUUGUCUAAACAGUUCAAUCUGAUUUAUUUUCCCUCAAGUGGUUUGUAGACUGUUAUUUGGCAGAUCUUGUUGCUUGCUAGCUACUCUGUUGACAGUUUGACAAGAACAUGUGGUAUAACUAGCUUGUUAAUUGUUUACAAACAAAUGAGGGAAUGUGCUAGCAAGCUAAACAGCUACCUAGCUAGCUAGUUGACUGCUGUUGCUAGCCAAAAAUGACUUGUUUUGAAAGGUGGAUCAUCUUAACCUUUGAGGCUUUACUGUUCUACACUAUGACACUCUCUGAGUGAGAGGGAGCACGAUAACCACCACCAAUCAGCCAACACUACUGCACACACACCCGCCAUUACCAUGACAACUACCAUCGCCAUGCCAGCAAAUGACUAAAGUCUGAGCAUACAGUACCAGUCAAACGUUUGGACACACCAGUCAAACGUUUGGACACACCAAAACUAUAAAAUAACACAUAUGGAAUCAUGUAGUAACCAAAAACGUGUUAAACUAAUCAAAAUAUAUUUUAUAUUUGAGAUUCUUCAAAUAGCCACCCUUUGCCUUGAUGACAGCUUUGCACACUCUUGGCAUUCUCUCAACCAGCUUCACCUGGAAUGCUUUUCCAACAGUCUUGAAGGAGUUCCCAAAUAUGCUGAGCACUUGUUGGCUGCUUUUCCUUCACUCUGCCGUCUGACUCAUCCCAAACCAUCUCAAUUGGGUUGAGGUCGGGGGAUUGUGGAGGCCAGGUCAUCUGAUGCAGCACUCCAUCACUCUCCUUCUUGGUAAAAUAGCCUUUACACAGCCUGGAGGUGUGUUGGGUCAUUGUCCUGUUGAAAAACAAAUGAUAGUCCCACUAAGCCCAAACCAGAAGGGAUGGCGUAUCGCUGCAGAAUGCUGUGGUAGCCAUGCUGGUUAAGUGUGUCUUGAAUUCUAAAUAAAUCACAGACAGUGUCCCCAGCAAAGCACCCUCACACAAUAACACCUCCUCCUCCAUGCUUUACGGUGGGAACUACACAUGCAGAGAUCAUCCGUUCACCCACACUGCGUCUCACAAAGACCUGGCAGUUUGAACCAAAAAUCUCAAAUUUGGACUCCAGACCAAAGGACACAUUUCCACCGGUCUAAUAUCCAUUGCUCAUGUUUCUUGGUCCAAGCAGGUCUCUUCUUAUUAUUGGUGUCCUUUAGUAGUGGUUUCUUUGCAGCAAUUUGACCAUGAAGGCCUGAUUCACACAGUCCCCUCUGAACAGUUGAUGUUGAGAUGUGUCUGUUACUUGAACAAAGCUCAUCACUAAGCUAAGGACCCUGGGACUAAACACCUCCCUCUGCAACUGGAUCCUAGACUUCCUGACGGGCCGUCCCCAGGUGGUAAGGGUAGGCAACAACACAUCUGCCACGCUGAUCCUCAACACGGGGGCCCCUCAGGGGUGCGUGCUUAGUCCCCUCCUGUACUCCCUGUUCACCCACGACUGCGUGGCCAAGCACAACUCCAACACCCUCAUUAAGUUUGCUGACGACAACGGUGGUAGGCCUGAUCACCGAUAGUGUGGUGCCAGGACAACAACCUCUCCCUCAAUGUGAGCAAGACAAAAGAGAUGCUUGUGGACUACAGGAAAAGGAGGGCCGAACAUGCCCCCCAUUCACAUCGAUGGGGCUGUAGUGGAUAGGGUCGAGAUUUUCAAGUUCCUUGGUGUCCACAUCACCAACAAACUAUCAUGGUCCAAACACACCAAGAAAGUUGUGAAGAGGGCACGACAAACACCUUUUCCCCCUCAGGAGACUGAAAAGAUUUGUCAUGGGUCCCCAAAUCCUCAAAAAGGUCUACAGCUGCACCAUCGACAGCAUCUUGACCAAUUGCAUCACUGCCUGGUAUGGCAAGUGCUCGGCAACCGACCGUAAGGCGCUACAGAGGGUAGUGCGUACAGCCCAGUACAUCACUAGGGCCAAGCAUCCUGCCAUCCAGGACCUAUAUACCAGGCGGUGUCAGAGGAAGGCCCAAAAAAUGGUCAAAGACUCCAGUCACCCAAGUCAUAGACUGUUCUCUCUGCUACCGCACGGCAAGCGUUACUGGAACGCCAAGUCUAGGUCCAAAAGGCUCCUUAAAAGCUUCUACCCCCAAGCCAUAAGACUGCUGAAUAAUUAAUCAAAUGGCCACCCGGACUGUUUGUUUUUACACUGCUGCUACUCGCUGUUUAUUAUCUAUGCAUAGUCACUUUACCCCUACCUACAUGUACAAAUUACCUCGACUAACCUGUACCCCUGCACAUUGACUCGGUACCGGUACCCCCUGUAAAUAGCCUUGUUAUUGUAAUUAUAUUGUGUUUCUUUUUCUUUUUACUUUAGUUCAUUUAGUAAAUAUUUUCUUAACUCUAUUUUCUUAAAACUGUAUUGUUGGUUAAGGACUUGUAAGUAAGCAUUUCACGGUAAGGUCUACACCUGUUGUAUUCGGCGCAUGUGACUUAUCAAAUUUGAUUUCAUUGUAGCACAUCUUAUUUAUUAUAGUCUUCAUUAUAGCACAACUUACUGAUUAUACUGAUCAUUAUAGCACAUCUUACUGAUUAUACUGAUCAUUAUAGCACAUCUUACUCUGCCAAGAACUUUACUCUGCCUGAGUUAUGUGGUAUUAUACAAUUCAUUGAGUUGUUAAUGUUCCCCAUGCUUUGUCUCCUAUCCCUUCUUUCCCCUGUUCCCAGGUGAACGUGGAUAUCCCGGUCCCCCUGGUUCAGAUGGCCUGCAGGGCCCCCCAGGUCCAUCUGGAUCUGCCUCUGUGGCCCACGGCUUCCUGAUCACCAGACACAGCCAGGGCGAGGACGUCCCCUUCUGCCCAGACGGCACCAGCCUCAUCUACGACGGCUACUCUCUGCUUUACGUACAGGGCAAUGAGAGGGCACACGGACAGGAUCUGGGUAAGGAUGGAGACUGGAGUUAUAUAUACAAGCUGGUAAACAAAGACACAUGCACACACAUGCGCGGUCGCACGCGCACGCACACACACACACACACACACACACACACACACACACACACACACACACACACAUAGGAAAGAGAGUUCGAAGCUGGAAAAACAAAUUAUGAAACUCUCCUCUCUCCACCUCUCUUCUCAUCCCUCUCCUCUCCCUCCUUCCUCCCUCGCCUCUCCCCAUCUUCUCGCCCCUCCCUUCUCCCCUUCAUCUCUCCUCUCACCUCUCCCCAUCCUCUCCCUUCCUUCCUCUACUGCCUCUCUCUAGGAACUGCUGGUAGUUGCCUGCGUCGGUUCAGCACCAUGCCAUUCAUGUUCUGUAACAUCAACAACGUGUGUAACUUCGCCUCCCGUAACGACUACUCCUAUUGGCUGUCCACACCCACGCCCAUGCCCAUGACUAUGGCCCCCGUCACCGGAGAAGGCAUCAAACCUUACAUCAGCAGGUAGAGAGGGAUGGAGUGAGGGAGGGGGAAGGGAUAGAGGGACGGAGGUAAAGAGGAAAGGAGGGAUGGAGAGGGGGAGGGAUGGAGGGCAUAUAGAGGAGACGAGAUACAAUAGGAGACUGUGGUUUGAUCAUGUCUGAGUGUGUGUAUUUAACCACUCCUCUAUGUGUGUGUGUUUUAGGUGUGCUGUGUGUGUAUUUAACUACUCCUCUGUGUGUGUGUGUGUGUGUUUUAGGUGUGCGGUGUGUGUAUUUAACUACUCCUCUGUGUGUGUGUGUGUGUGUUUUAGGUGUGCGGUGUGUGAGGCCCCUGCCAUGGUGAUCGCUGUACACAGUCAGACCAUUCAGAUCCCCACCUGCCCCAACUACUGGGAACCACUGUGGAUUGGAUACUCCUUCAUGAUGGUACAGACACACACACACACACACACACAGCACACCUAAAACACACACACACACACACACAGAGGAAUCAAGUUUUACAUUUUAAGUGCGUUUAAGCCGCCAUAUGAACACACACAUUUACCUUUCUCCACCAAUCCCUCCCACUCCCCUCCUCCCUCUCUCCUUUUAUAACAGCACACUAGUGCUGGUGCUGAGGGUUCGGGUCAGGCUCUGGCCUCUCCCGGCUCCUGUCUAGAGGAAUUCCGGAGCGCUCCCUUCAUCGAGUGCCACGGACGGGGAACCUGCAACUACUACGGCAACUCCUACAGCUUCUGGCUGGCCACCGUCGACCAAUCAGAAAUGUUCAGGUACGAGAGAAUGUCAGAGAUUAUGAUAGGUUUUUUCCCCCCAGUAACUGGUUUAUUGAAUGAUUGAUUGGUUGAUUGAUUGAUCCUGAGUAAUGAGAAAUUACACUGAAAGCAUUAGAUAAUGUAGUUAUUUGCUUGAAAUGGGUCAUUUUCAUAUAAAAUGUAAAGAUCUGAGUGGCCAUACAGUGAUAACAACCCCUGACCUCUAACUCCUGACCUCUAACAGGAAGCCACAGUCGGAGACGCUGAAGGCAGGUAACCUGCGGACGCGCGUCAGCCGCUGUGUGGUCUGUAUGAAGAGGACG